GCGGAGAAGCAGCAAGUUCCCGGACCGUGAGGGGCUCUCGCGCGCAGAGCUGAAGACACCUCUGACUCUGCAGGUGUCAGAGCUCGAGGAGCAACCGAGGAGCCACGAGGAGGAGGGAAUUAUUGGGCCGCCGGAUCGAUAGCUUCCAAUGCAGUGAUGGAUCGAUUGGGCACGGUGCGCGAGACGUGGCUGCUGUGGCUGCUCGUGGCGGUUUUUUCCACCUCAAAUGCAGGUAAGCUGACAUUUCCAGAACUUUCUCCUCUUUUUUAGUCAGUUUAACUUUAACUGAAAAUGAAACAUGUAAAAAGUUUGAUUUAAAGGUUCCUCUUCUUUUCUCUGUCGCAUCAAUUGUCACCACCUGCCCCCCAGGCACUCAUGGGUAAUGAAGUUCAUGUUUCUCCAUCCUCAACAUGAGCUAAUUACAGCUCUUCUGCAGGAAACUCAAACCCUGUCAUUUAUGCAUUUGGACAAUUUCAGCUCUGUCUUUGUAAACUUGAUGUUUCAGGAUGAGUUCAUGUAAAAUAGACACCUUCAAAACUCCCCCUGAGUCAUUUUCCUCUCAGCUUUGGGUCUCCACUUUGACAGAUGAUUUUGUCAUGCUCGGUCCUGCAGGCCUGAACUGAAGCUCUUCAUUCUGGACUCAUGAAGCCCACUGCACAUUUGCUCGACAGUCAUAAGACAGGGGUCUAUUUGUCUGGACUUGUUCUGUCAUACCUGCUGCUGCUUCUGCUGCUGCUGCAUCACUCUUUGCUCUCAUACGGCAGCGUACAGGAUAUUUAACCUGUUCAGCUGGGUAAUGGGGAACAGACCGGGGUAAAUUAAAGUGGGCUGUACUGUGCUGCAACGCUUGGUUUCAUACAGCAGCCCCCGGAGCGGCACUGGAACCAUAUGAGGAGGGUCGUCCAUGUUUAUUAGGAUGAGUGGUUCCUGGAGCUAAACUGUGAAUACAUCUAUGUAAAUAUUUGAGUUUAGGAAACCUACACAACAGAAGGUAAAGCAGCUCUCCUAAACAAUCCUGAUGAAUGUUUGGCAUGUUAGAAAACGAUCAGCUUAAAUUACUUAAAAAUAGACAGGUUGCUCGAUUAUCAAAAACAGAUACCGACAUCUUCAUGAUGUUAUUUAACCCACCGCGUUAAAUCCCCAGUUUGUAAUUUUUCAGGUGUUACGGACCGGAAUAAUGUUUUGGCCAGGUGCCGAAACUUCCUGGAGUCUUCCUUUCAGCAUGAGGCUGCUAUGCAACCGUCGAUGACUAAGCCUCUGUUAGACAGCCAAAAAUGUCAAAGCGUUCCAAUAAAAGCUGAGCGUCAGCGUUAAUUCUUGACUUUGAAAACUGCAGUUGGCUCGACGGGCUUGACUCAAGAUGUGAUCCGUAAUUUAGAUUAUGUAAUACGACCAACAGAUCCAGAACAGCAACAGGUUUAGGUUAAAUUAGACACAUAUGAUAUCCUCAUGGGCUUAAUGAGUCAGCGUUAACAGGACUCAAUUCACCGAGAUCCAAGAGUGCAGGUGACUUGGCUCAGACUCCACCAUGUUGCCUCCACCUGGUCCGUCUGAGAAGACACAAUAAUGUUAAUAAUGAGUAAUGGUAUUAUCGCCCACCUGUGAUUCAACAGGUGAUAAACAGAAAGAGUAAACACGACAUGUUUACAGCGGUAAGGGAUAUUCCGGCAUAAUUUUAAUUUAGGGUCAAACACACUGCAGUUAGACACCCCCUCCAGAAUGUUGUCGACCGCUUGCUUCUCUAGUUAUACCAACUUUAGUGACAAACCUCAACCAAAACGCCACUCUAUAGCCACAAAUAAUGCUCAGAACAGCACCUAACUUCAUCAACAGGACAUAUAGGGUCACAGUCAUAGUACUAGACACCAAACAUCUUUUUAACUUUGACUCAUUUCUUUAGCAAAGAGACUAAACACAACUCACCUACUCUCUUCCAGCAGCCACUUGUUUGUACUGAGACCUCAGGCCAAUCCAUUAUGGACUACAGCGGGGUGAUGCAGCAUUUAUGAUCAUUACUUUAUCAUUUCCUUGAAGUAGUAAUCAUCAUAUUAAUCAUCACCCCGCUGUAGUUGUCCCUUACACCCACAAACCAUGAAAUAGUGUGUAGAAACAGGAAAAUUCAACAAUAUCUAGAUUGAAAUGCUCCCUUGCUCACUCCUCCCAUGAGUGAAAUGAUCUUCCAAGGAAAGUUUUUACCAUCAAAAAUUCUUCUUAUUAUUCCUCUUCUUCAUUUCCUACCAGGACGUCCCCUCAGGUCAUGAUUACCCGCUGAUUUAAACACUCUUAUAAAUAUUAUAAUCCAGUCCUACCGACUUUAAUGUUUCUGUUUCUGAACCUUUGCUGGUGACGAUCAGUCAUUCUGAAGUUUCAUCCAACGGCAUCAAACUGCACCAUCGGCACCUUGUAAGUCACUCACAUUUGGGUCAAACCUCACCCUGUCUGUGAAGGUCAUUACUGAGGUGACUAAUGUGACCCCUGACCCUCUGGGGUCAUCUGGGGUCAAACUCACUCAGGGUGUGAACCCUGUAGCGUCCACACCUGGCGGUCAGAGGAGUUGUAAAUAAAAUAUUUGCGAGUCGCCUUCCUGCUGAGGAGAAAAACAGAGAGAGAGAGUGAAAACAAACAGUAACGCUGACAUACAGAGGGUAUACUUUAAACUUUCGCCCCCUCCUCCUACUGGACCAACUCUGUCAUUACACCCAUUAUUUAACUGUCUGCAGUUACGUGUUCGUCUUGAUUUUGACCCUACUGUCAAAUGCAGUCACACACCUGGCUGUCAGCAGGUUCGGUGUGAAUUAUGAUUAUAGUUACCUCAGAAAUGUGGUCAUGUUACGGUCAAGCAUGUCACGGUCUGGCCUAAGGUGUUUCAGGCUCUUACCUGGCUCACCUUGUCUGUAUGUAACCUGUGCCUCAGGAAGACCUCACUCUCGUUUUUAUUGCUUUUGAAGAAUUUAAAGUAUUCGUCGGUCGGAAAACGGAUUCUGAUGUAACCUGGUGGCUGAUGUUAGUUCGUUAAAGUCAGAGAUGAACUUUUAUCCUGUUUUUAGAGGUCCGGUCCACGGUGUGUUUUGGACUCCGAGCAGAACUAAAGCUUCAUUCACUCUGUAAACUCAGCGGGUCCAGUCAGGAGUUUCUGCUCUAGUUUGAUUUGUCUGUUUGGUCAUAAAUAUGGUGAAUAACCGUGGUCCAGUGUGGACUUAGUCAUGGUUUAAACUGACUUAAAAAACAUGUAAAAUGUCCUUAUAUGGCAGUAAACUGAUGCCAUGAAAUCAAGUGAAUACGGUUUAAUCUCAAGGUUCAUAUAUAAUUGGAGGCAAGUGCAUAAUCUGUGAAUUUAACUAACACAAAGGAGAGGAUUCUGGUUUGUUUUUCAGUACUCAUGUGAUUAUACGUGUGGAUGGUUGUCCAGAUAUCAUGAGUAGAUACAGGCUGGUUAUUUAUUCUAAACCCACACUGGCUGAUUAAACAAACAAACUGAACGGUAACUUGUUUCUAAACAGUGAGGUUUCAGUAACUGUCAUGGAAGUGAGUGAAAAUUCAAUUUGAAAUAUAAAAUAUAUUGAAUAAAAAUAUUGAAUUUGCCUCCGGGGAUAAAUAAACUUCUUCUUCUUCUUCUUUAAAAAAGGCUGCUUACUCACUCUGCUGUCCAUCACUCUGUCGGACACUUUCCCCCUCACGGCGGUGUCAGAAGUUUCCCAGAGUAGUUAAUAACUUUGUUGCUGAUGGUCUCGUUUGCUUCUGAAUGUCAUAAAGAGGCACCAGUAUCAGUUUCAGUUUUUUUUUUAGAAAAUUCCUCUAGAACGUGCUGCUAGCUAAGAUAACCACGCAUAUUAGAUUUUGAUUGUGCUGCAGUAAUUAUUUAUUUUUUUAAUUGUUGUAUUUUGAUAAAUGUGAAUAGAUCAAAAUCCUAUAUAUUGAUCUAUUAUCAGCAUCAACAUUAAAGCUCAUUUAUGCUCAAUGUUACAUACGGAUCUGGGUGCAGACGGAGCUCCCAGUCUUUUCUUUUCGUCCGUGUUUUUGCACGUAUCCUUGAAGUUUACGGAUACGGACCAAACAGAGCAGUACCACUGGAAACCAUGGGGGGCAGUGUUGCUGCUGUAACAACCCGAUACCAGGAAAGUUUUCACCAAUGUUGAUAUCAAUCAGAACGUUUACAUGACACUCAAGAAAACCGAAUUAUCGCCUUAUUCCGAUUAAGACCGGACAUCUGAAGUGAAUGUAAACACUUUAGUCCGAUUGGAGUCAGAGAACUCCAAUGAAGACACCCAGAUAAUGCGAUUGGAAUUUGAUUUUUCUCUACCAUGUGAUGUAGCGCGUCCAUCAUGUCGGACAAAAACAACGCUGUACGAUGCUCCAUCUUCUUGUUUCGCCAAAAUGUCCAGCAGCAGUUGUAGACACUUCUGACGUCUGACACCGACCUGCUGUUGUUGUUGACGGUUGUUUGGGGUCGGAAACAGCGCCGCUGAAAAGACCCAUAUCGCCCCCUAGUGUUGGGGAGGAGGACACGUUCACGUCAAUAAUUCAAUUUUUCUCAGCUGGACAAGGAGAGAAGUCCGAUUAGGUGAAAAAAACAGAAUUAUGAGCUUAGUCUGAUUAAACUGUGACUGUAAACACAGGGACAGUGUCAGGAAUCAUAAUUUUGACUUUUCAGGCUCCGAUUCAACAACAAGGAAGUCAUUGUCGCCUCUCUCUGCAGUGCGUCGCUGCUUAUUCACUUUCUAGACACCAAACAUUAAAAUACCAAAAGUGAAAAAACAACAACAACGACAUCAUGCACGGGUUGAAUUUGUAGCUCAGGUGCUGUUCUGGUCUCACACCUUCAGUCACAUUGAGGCCGGUGGUUUUGAUUUGACAGCUGAUGGGAAACACCUGCUGUGACAUCAUGAACUGGGAGCUCGCCAGAGGCGCUACAGUAGCUCUUCUGCCACAUGUGGUCCAAUGUGGAAACCAUCUUUGUGGAUAUCAUAAGCCACGCUCAAGGCUCUGAGGAUGGUUAUAUUUGUCAUGAGAUUUACAUGAAAAUUUAUCCUGAUAUCCAGGCUCUCUGCAGGAUACCAACAAGAUCAUCUUUGGACUUUUUAUCAGGAAACAAAUUCAGCUUCUUCGGUAUUUUGAUUUGUGACUUCUUGCAAAAUUAAAGCCAGGUAGAAGUCAUGUUGGUGUCCGAACCUGAAAAUACCCCGAGUUGUGAGCGUCAGAGAGAUGAUUUGACUUUUUCAACAGGCGAUGGUUUCUGUCACCUGAGAAAACGGCGUACUUGCAGCAGCCUGCUCAUGUGAUCGAUCCAGGAGUGAGUCUGAACAGUGAUUGAUGAUGGCCCUUCUUGUAAUUGACAGCUGUGGACGGAUCGUUCGAAUGAGGUUUUUAGGUCAGUUGGAGCGGUGAGGAAUGUCUGAAGGCAUCCAUCACUGCAGACUUACAGAGCAGAGGAGACAAAAUGAUGAAGUGCAGGAAGAAAAAAAAGGGAAAACGUUCAAAAGCGGUACUUUUUUGGUGGUUUUUCACAGCUUUGACAAGAUUCAGCAGCGAUCAAGAAGAGAUCUGAGUGGUUGUGAAGCAGGUUUGACAUCAAAUCUUCACUAAAAACCAAAACAAACCGCCAACUUUCUGACGAGACGGCAAAGAUCUUUCAAGAAAUUCUUACAUCUGCUUUAAAGGCACAAUGAGGAGUUUUUAACUGAUGGAAAAACAGACUAAACAGAGACUAAAAAAACAGAGACUAAACACAACUCACCUACUCUCUUCCAAUUCCAUUAUGGACUACAGCGGGGUGAUGCAGCUCAAGGAAGAACAUUUAUGAUCAUUUCUUUAUCAUUUCCUUGAAGUAAUAAUCACCAUAUUUAUCAUUUUUAACUGCAGACGCGGUAGUUCUUCUGUCUUAGCGUCUCAGUCUGAUUGGUUGAGGUUUGUUUAUGGCUCCUCAGACCGCUGUGUAUUACUAUCCUGCGGUCGUUACUAAAGUUAGUAAAAAUAGAGAAGAAAGCGGUCGGCAACAUUCAUCUCUGGAGGGGGGGUCUAACUCGGUGUUACGGUGAGACUGACCCUAAAUUAAUUUUACGGCGAAUAUUCCUUGUAAAAAGCAAAAUAAAAACCAUCAGCAACAGGUCUGAGGAUUUUAUUUCUGUAAUAUUAAAGCCUUAACACUGUAAGUGUCAGACCAGAUGAAUGAAUCUGCAGAUAAGGACCCUUUUGGAUCAACCGUAUCUAUAAUCUAUACAUCUAUAUUAUGUCAUAGAUAUUUUGUAACAAUCAGCACAUCUACUCCAUCACUAAAUCUGUCAUCUUUCAUCUGUAUAACAUCUCUAGACUCUGUCCUUCACUCUGUGACUCUGUUGCUGAGACUCUCAUUCGUGCCUUCAUCACCUUGUUUACUGCGGUGGUGUCCAGUCUGGGGUAAAUCCCAGGACAGGCUCCAGUGUGUCCAGAACCAAACCCUGGCAGCACAUCACCUCCACCCUCAUCCACCUCCACCAGCUCACAAUAAACUCCAUCAUCAAAUACAAAGUACUGCUCCUCACCUGUAAAGCCCUUCACGCCCUCACCCCUCAGCACCUCUCUGACCCCCAUCCUGGAAACUCCUUAUCCCAAAAUCCAGACUUGGUAUAUUUGGGGGCGGGGCUUUCAGUGACAAUAUUAAUAAACUAAACCUAAUUAGUCAUGUUUAUCUAGGGUGACAAUAUUCUGAAUCCCCAAAAAGAGGACAUUACUAUGCGAGGGCGGAGUCGAGCGUAGUAAAUUUUGAGAGAUUUUUGGGUCAGGUUGAUUUUUUUUUUACGCACUUCUUACUCAGUAAUUUCACGCUACACAAACUCAAAACUUUCAUCCAAAACCGCAGACAUUUGAAGGAUUUUAUAAACUCACCACAAAAGAGGACAUGUCCGGGUAAAAGAGGACGCAUGGUCACCCUCGUUUAUCACUUUUCCUCACAGGUGCUCUGCAUUAUCUCACCACAUUCAUCUGUCGUGGGCCGACUGGAAAACUGGCACACUGCAUGUUUAUCUGGAUGCGUUUUUCUCUUUAUCCCCGUAUAACGAUGGUGGAAGGAAACGCGCUUCAGUUCUCCCACAUGAUUGUGUCGAGUUUGUGCAAAAACAUCUGCAGGUUUGCAAACAUAUUAGCACGCUUAUGUUAGCACAAAGCCCCACAGUGAAGAAGUGCCGUCUUGUUUUUGACAUGAGACAUGUUUGAUUUAACUCUAGAUCUUUAUUCCAGCUAUGAUUGAAGUCAGACUUGUUCUCUUGUACAAUAACUACAGUUUAGCUUCAUAAGAUGUUCCUGAUUAGCCUUUCCCAGACGAACAGACCACAAUGUUAAGGGUUUGGGACAAAAGAGAGAUCCACCAGUGGGAAUACUCUGAUUGGUGCCACGCUGUAUGAACUGACUGUAUGAGGUUCAAAGACCAAUAAAAUCACAGAUGUUUGUUCUCCGUCAACUAAUCUUCUGUACAGCAGUUCAAACUGACUUGUUGUGCAGUUAUAACCACUGAUGGCAGCCAGAACAACACAUCAGGUCAAAGGGGAGCGGUUUUUUUUAGUUUAAUCUGCAGAGCCGGUCGUUCAAACGGGCCGUUCAGUUCUCUGAAUCUGUCGACUGUCAUGUUUUUGUGGUUUUGUCUUCAGUUGUUGAGAUUCAAUAGAAACUGCAGAACCUGAAGAGAGAGGAGAAGAAAUUUAUCAUAGGAAGGUUUCUGGGUUCCUUUAGUAGCUCCUCAGUGAAGUGCUAUUUACAGUGAAACUGAGACUUAGGAAAAAGAUGCUAACUGGACGACAAACAAUGGCGUGCACAGAAAAAAUAGUCAAAAAAUUUGAACUGCAUGCGGAACGGCGGCGAAAAGGCCGUUGGUGCCGAUCGCUGCUGAUCAUUUUCAUUCAAGCUAAUAAGUCAAAUUCCACCGGCUUCUUUCCGGCCCCCUGUGGUUCAGCGGGCUUCGUAUCCGAUCGCCAGGGUUCUAUUUUUUUUGGAUGCCGCAGUAUGUCGCAUAAAUUCGGCACAGAUUAACCCGUGCUGGAAAGGAAGUCGGGCACAGACACAGAAUAAAAUAUCUGUCUUCUUUUCAAAAUAAAACACUACGGGCUCUAUUUUCAUGCCUCGCUGACAUCGGGGUGCAGGCGCGGCAUAAGUCAGGUCCACCGCGCCGACAAGGCGUUCCCAAGCACAAUUUGGUAUUUGGUGAGAGGCACAGCCCGGCGUAAGUAUCCCCUCUCCCUAACUCAGCUCCUCCCAGUGGCGUUAGUCAGGGAGGAGAGAGAGGGCGUGAAGUGGGUUUAACACAGCCGAUACCUGUUUUCCACCCUCCGCCACGUCGCCAGCGGACACGAAAAUAGAGCCCUACGUGUUUCAGACGGAUCAUAUUUCACAAACAUGUUUUGUUUCGUAGAUAAAGAUAAAUAUUGCACUUACCCAUGGUUAAUUCCCAAUCUCCACUAAAGUGUCUGAUCUCCUGGUCUGGACAGAGUGGAUCUCCUCCUCUGGAAGGACACAAUCUACUGCUGACAUGUCGAUGUGUCUGUCUUUGCGAUUCUGCUGUCCGAAAUCCUCAAUGAAAUUCGCCCCUCAAACGCAUCCAGUAGAAAUUGGCGGACGGUGAAAAUCGCCCUUCCAUAUGCAGUGGAAAUUAGGGGUAAGGAGAAGGUCAUCUAAACCCAGUCCCUGUUUGCACCAGACUGAAUGAAAAGUUCGGCGUCUUUCCCAUUUGCUCAUGUCAUCAGAUGAUAGCAGAUGGGUUUCAACAUUGUGUGCUUUCAAUUUAAGACUUUUGGACGGAUCCUUAAGAUACCAAAGGUCGCUGUUUUUAUCUGGAUGUUUGGUAUAUGAACCAGUGUGUUGAACUGUUGGGCUUGCAUCUUGUCUUUUUUACUGUGGAUGUGAUGAAGUCGACUCUGGACAUCAAGUUUUAGAGUUUGAUUGAAUUCCUGUGUCAACAUUUGCUGCACACGUGUCUUAGCCAGUUAAUCCAGCCUUUGUUUUGAUGUAAACAUUUUCCUUUUAACUUCACCAAGAACACAAAAGCACAUAAAUUUGAUGCUAACGGCCAUCUUUAUCAUCACUUUACCCUCACAAUUUGCACUCCAGCGUAGUCGGCCUGCCUGCUAUAAAACUUUUUUUGUGUUUGUGUGAAAAUAAACUCACUCUUUGUUCUCCAAAAUCAAAGUCACUGUACGAUGCAACAUCCAACAAUAAUAGAACCCAGAGCCACAGAAAGCACCUCGUAGCUGUCCAUGAAGAGCUGGAACCCAGUGCCGGAUAAAUAUUGAUCCAGUCUUUGAUCCGUGUUUGGGGGGAAGGACGCUCCAACUUUGCUGGAGUGAAUGUAUGUAAAAACAUUUGUUGUCCAUGCAGAGGAGAAAUGUCUCCAACUAAGAUGGUGAGACUCCAAAUGAUGUUUAAUUUCAGCGUGAGCACCAGAGAUUCCUAGAAGUAGAUUAAGCGCACAUGUCUGCUUGUCUUUGAGCUUCUUACUCUGUUCCUGCGUCAGUGAUUCAUCGUUUGUUUGGUCUGGUUUGGUGUUUUUUUAACCUUCAAGUUUCCAGGAAUACUGCAGGAUCUCUUUGAAACGUGACAGAUAUAGACAUUUUCGUGAAUCUAUAAUCAUCCUGCGACUAGUCUGCGCUGUAGAAUAUAUAAUGCUUUAGGGCAGAGAUGUAAACAACAGGGUUGAGAAUCACUAGUGGCCUCACCGUACAAUAUUAUCACAAUACUUGGGCCACGAUACGAAAUUAUUGCGAUUUUUAACAUUUCGCACGAUACACAAUGAGUAUUGCGAUACAAUAUAGUGCGAUUUAUACAAUUUUUCCAACUGGUUAGCUGAUUUAGCAUUUGUCUUUCGUUUAUGUUUGUCACAGUCUUUUUAUUUUCGUGAAGCACCUCUUGGAAACCUCGUGUGUCAGGUCCAUUUGUGCCCCGCUUCGUUCCUAAUGUCUUUCUCCAGGUGCCUUUAUAUAUAUUGUGCUGACUUUGACCUCUGCCAACCAAUCAUCGACCUGAAUUCAUAUUGGCAAUCAAUUAGUGAAAAAAAAUCUAUACUUGGUAAAUGAGACGAUAUGAUAUAUCACCAGACAAAAUAUCGCGAUACGAUGCUGUAUCAGCAACAGAUGGUUCUUUGUAACGGUGCAUUUUGACAGUUCUUUGAUUUGACAUCAGCAGAGUUUUCAGGUCCUUGCAGGUCAGCAUCGACACGCCUGUCCAGGUCAUGCAUCGCUACAAUUGAGUGAUGCUCCAGACACGGUGGAGAUGCCAUCGUUUCCGCUUGUUUAGUAGAGAUUCAGUUAUGGUCACGACCUGGAGAUACAGCCUGGGCCAGUAUAGGUGACAGGGCUACAGUUAAAAAGAUAUAAAACUUCAUUAAAGGUGUUGUAGUCAGGAUCUGAGUUAGUUCCAGUUUUUAGGAGAAAUCUUGAAUGUAAACUCCACCCCUCCCAACCAGUUUUCCCCUCAGCUCCUCCUCUCCCCUCAAGCCCCGCCCACAAACAGACGCUCCUGCUCGCUCGUAUCGUUCCAAUUAAAUUCAGAUAUAAUGCAGAUCAAUACUUCAGAUCAUUACAAAUGGGGCCCAGUCAAGGUGAAAGUCAAAAGCAUUGGUGCUACUGUAGAUGCCAACAGACUACCAGCAAACACAAUGUUUGCAGGACUUCUACAACGAGGAUAAAGUGACAUAGUCCAGGACCCGAGGGAGGACAGUUUAGCGAUGGCGCUACAACACGCUACAGCAGGUCCAUUUGACAAGAAACACUUCUGUUACAGACACUUGUCUUACUUUGUUAAAGCGGUUUACCUGUCCAGCAGAAAGGUUACAGGGUCACCAAGAUCCCCAAGCAUCCCCCAUCGUUUAUGUUGACCCGGCUUUUUAGCUCUUGUCCGGUCUACCUCCGUUUUAAGCGCCCGUUAUUCCUCCAGAGUCUCCGGUAUUUACUUUGUUUUCUUGCUUGUGUCGGCAGUCGUGGCCAAAGGAGGAUUCAGACAAUUUUCCGAACUUUCUGGUUGGUUUCUACUGUCCGAUAUUGUAGCACGCUAACUUUGUUUGGGCUCCUGAACGACACGGAGGAGCAGCGUCUGCCUCACAACCAAUCAGGUUAGAGGAGGUGGAGAACGUCUUUGUUUACAGUCAGAAAGAGCGGACCGCUCAAAAAUGUUCAAAUGUUGACGACACAGACAUAAGAGAACACAGAGAUAUCGAUAUAUUACCAAAUGUCAUCAAUAACUAAUAACUAUUGACUGAUAUUAAAAGAUUUUUUGUAAAUACACCACAAAAAAAGAUGCUUCUUUAACGGAUUCCUGCCUACUUCACCUUUAAUGUGCAUUUUUUUAGUAACUCUGGUGUUUCAUGACUCAGUUGACUGCACUUCUAGUUUUGUGUCGCUUACAUGAGUUAAUAUAAUAUUACAAGUUAUGAAUAAAGUAGGACCUGGUAUUGACACAUGUUUUACUCCAUCACUUACAUAACUUUCAUUCCACUGAGCAGGUUUUGAUGAAGAGGAAGAUUAAAUUUUCUCAUAGAAAUAAUGAAAAUGUGCAGCUCGGUGUUCUUUGAAGUUAAUGGCAUCUAUGAAGUCAUUUAAGACCUUCACUGAAGAAGUGAUGGAUCUGUUUUUUUUCCCCUGAAGUCAGACUGGAAGUCAUUUAGAGACCGCGUUCUCUAUGCAAAGACGAGUUUAUGUGUUUGUAUCAGCAGGAGAGAGAGUCCAGUGUGUUUCUUUGAUCAGAGACAGCUGAACUGGGAGGAAAGAAAACAUAUGGUCCCUCCAUACUAUUCCUCCCUCUUCACUCGUUUUCCUUCUCUUCUAUGCCUCUCUCUGGUUUUCAUCUCGCUCUUUUUGUCCUGGUUCAGUCUCUGAAGAGAGCCGUGUCUGAUGUUUGAGGAAAAUUAAGCAGAAAUGAAGACAGGAGUGUAAAAGAGGUGAAGGACUGUAGUGACAGGAUCCCGGGGCGAGUCCUCUGUGGGGGGAUUGAACUCCUGGUGUUUGUGUGUCUGUGUGUGUGUGUCUGUUUUGCAGUUGUGUAGGAGUUUUUACUAAACAACAGUUUUUGUUUCUUCAGAAGACAUGUCAUUACAUUCUUCACUGUUACUGAGUUAAUGACAGACCAAUUGCAAACACACACAGACGCAGAAAAGCACUUACCCUGUCUUCCCUUGUACAGUACACACACACACACACACACACACACACACACACACACACACACACAUGGACACACAUCUGGUUUCCAGAGUCUCUCCAAUCAGUCUUCCUGAUUCGGUGCCCGUUAAGUUGUCUUUGUGACAGUCUGUUGUGUCUCUGCCUGCUUCACUGACCCACUUACUGAGGUGGGGGUCCUGUCUGUGUCACCUCUGUUUCACCUUUGUGUAAACCAGCAUGAACAGCACACUGACGGACCGACCUACAGCGUGUUUUUAGAGUCGUUAACCAGCAGCAAAGUUUAGAGAAACAGGAAAAUACUGAAUAUUAUUAAUCGCCCUGAGAUUUCACUCGAUUUGACGCCACUUUCUCCUCUAUAUUCUGUUUAUGUGAUAUUUUCCAAGUGCAAAAAUCUCCACGGUGUCCUGCAGCUCUGAGCAGUUUGCUCCAGUUUUGCAUCUCAGUGUGACUUAACGAGCUGUUAGCCUCACAACCUUUCACUGCGCAGAGCUGUGCUGUGCACUCUCCUCCUGAAUUCUGUCAACAUGUCUGAUUAGCUAAGAGGGACGCCAUUUACCAGUUUAUCGUGGAGUCGGUUCAUGUCUGAUGAGACACAGAGUUCAUAGUUGAUACUCAGAGCACUUCCUGUCGCUAUUGUUACAACCCAGCUGGGGAAGGGAAAGGACGUAACAUAAACCCCGGUUUAUUUCCAUCGUGUCUGUCCUGAUGAGCUCUAAAAGUGAAUUACCAUCAAUCAGUAUUAAUAUUGGCUUUAUUUGUUUAUUUUGGGGCUUUUAUGCCUUUAAUCCAGAGAAGAUAGGACUGUGGAGAGAGGGGAAAACAGAGAGAGAGAGUGGGAAGAGGUUUGCAGGAAAGGGAAUCGAACCCAGGCUGCUCCUGGACAAAGUAGAGGAAGCAGAGUCAAACCACCAGGUCAAACUGUCCCCCCUAAAGACUUAAGACAAAGAGACUCACAACUCAAUGAAGAUAUCAGCAAAUUAUCUAUCUAUCUAUCUAUCUAUCUAUCUAUCUAUCUACCUGUGUAGUCAGUAGUUGUGGAUUUUUCUGUUUGCUCUCUCUCUCUCGCUCUGCUUUAUGUCGAGGCUUAUAUCUGACAUACUCUGCAUGUGUGUGCAUGUUGAUCACGGUGCCCUUCACACCAGAGUUUAGAGCCUCAGGAUAAAAGCAGCAGCAGCAGCAGCAACUGAUGAGGACCAGAACUCUGUCCUGUGAGCGUAGAGCGAAGCGUAUACACCAUGUGUGUCUGCGCGUUGUGCACGUGCACACGCCAUGUGCGUGCCGUUUUUUUGUGCACGCACAUUCUCGUGCAUCAACAGCACGGGGAAACACUGUGUCAAGUGUGCGAGGGCAUACAGAGAAAGAGCAAAGCUUCCAUGUCCCGUCUUGUCCUCUGCUGCAUUCAGAUGUCAGCGCUGCAGAUCAGUUCUUGGUAUGUGCAGAGGAACGUCUCUGUUUUAGCACAGAGUUUAUGAGUGAAGGAGCAAUGUCAUCGAGAGUGCAACAGAUUCUCCAACGUGUGCUCAGGAGCGAUGCAACAACUCAGAUGUUGUUUAAAGAAUAGUAUUAUCGACCGUUUGGCUGAGAGAUGAAAGUUCUGUAUGAUACUGUCCUGGGGGCACAGAGUCGGGUUCUAGUAACAAGCUGAAGGUUAAAAUGCAAAACAGAGUCAGAUUACAGAUUAAAACUUGCACAUCAUCAUCUCAGUUUAGGGCUGCACGAUAAAUCGAUUUUCAAAUCAUAAUCAGAUUAUUUAAUUUUGAUGAUGUUAAAAAAAUCAAAAUCAAAGUCAAAUCAAUUUUCCUCUCUAUCAUGUCUCACACCUCCAGGCCACCGUAGGCUCCCCAGUUCCCACACACACCAGUGUAAACAAACAUGGCGUUUGCAAAAGAAGGCGAUAAUUUCGUGGUUAAAUAGGACAAGAGCGAGUCAGUCGUGUUGAAUUGGUACGACUUCACACUUUCAGAUGAAGAGUAAACCACUCCCCGCUGUAAAGUCUGUCUGAAGGCGGUAUCAACCCGUCACCACGGAAACUAAUUCAGGAGGAAACGCUAAAGUUUUUUGUCGUAUCGGCGUUUCAGGUGACUGUAAACGGUACUUUUUGAAAACGGGUCAGAGAGUGAAUAAAUCUGUAAACGACGACCAUUUCAUCUCCGUGUGGAUGUCUAUCUGCAUCUCUGGAAACGAUCAUGUGACACACAGAGGAACUCUUUUAUGGCGCCAAAACAACCUUUAUACACAUGCUCUGUACUCUUCUUCAGCGUUACAGCGCCACUUACUGGCUUGGCAUAUGAACUACAUUGUUUUCAGUGAUUUUGUUUUGAGAGAUGAUAGAAAAACUUUUUAUUAAAGUGAAGUUUGGUGAAGUUAUCACUGAAUAAAAACUCAAAAAUCGAGUUUUCAAAAGAAUAAAAAUAGGGACUUUAUUUUUGCCCAAAGUCAUGCCACCCUAUCUCACCUCCACCACUUAUUGGCUCCUGUAGAAUCCAGAGGCUGAUGGUCGUCGCCAUAUUAGAAACUCUCUUCUGUCUAAUCCUGAAACCAGUAAAGAGGUGGAGUUGAGACAGAACAUGGAAAACACUUGUUUAUGCAAAAUAAAUAAUAAUAUAACAAAUCACAAACAGAAGAAAAAUCGUCAUUGUUGUCAUCGCUGCUCAAGGAACCAGCCUCUAGUGGACACUGGAGGAACUGCAGUUUUUGCACCCCUGUCUUUUGCCUUACUCUUCCACAUUGAAGGUUCUGCCUGCUUUAGACCCCCCCUUUAACCAGAAAGUGCUAUCAGUAAAUUUAACUAACCCCAACGGUACGGAGGAAUAACGGAGGAGAAUCUGACCAAGUGUGUCAGACAGGAUAUUUACUCGCACCAGUUAUUAGUCUGCGCUAUCAUUAAGGAACUGUGACUUCACCGGCGGGAAUGUGCGUCGGUGACCUCAGAUAAAGCGAAAGCAGACCUGGACUCUCAGGAAACAGCGAAACCACACUGAGACAUAAACAACGUGAGCUGUUUAUCCCUUUAUUAACCCGUUUGAGCAGGUUUACCAACCCGAGCAGAUGUUUGGAGUCCAACUGUGGGGUUCUCUCUCUUUUCUAGAUUGGUGCAAUAUCCUUUUGCUGUUUGUUGUAUUUCUCCACAAAACCUCCACAAAAUUCACCUUCAACCUGUCCCACAUGAUUAAAUCAAAGCUCAAAACUGCUAAAGUCAACAUGUUGUACCAUAUGAUACAGAUGCUGUAACUUUUGUACUAAGAGUAAUGCUGCAUCUUAAUUUUUUUUAGGAUUUUAGUAUGCAUGAGACCCUGAGACCAUUUUUUUUUAGAUUUGAACUCUUAUCCUUGAGAGCCCUGCUGAACGUGGUUUUUCAUUGUCUUGCUGAAUUGUGCAAACUCUUACCUGAAAAAGACAUCACCUGGAUGGCAGCUUAUCUCGCUCCAAAACUUGUUUAUAUCGUUCUGUAUUGAAGACGCCUUUUCCUGUAUGUGUAAACUAGUCCUCCUUUAGUCAAUGAUGCUCCCUGUUCAAUCACAGGUGUUGGAUUUUGAACUGUGAUCUAGAGAAAUACUCAGAGGCAUCCAUGAUUUCCAAGAGGAAGGUCAAAGUUUGAUUCAGUAGACCACAAGACAGGUUUGAUAUUGAGCCUCAGUCUAGAGCUGCACGAUAAACUGAUAUUAUUUUUCUGAGAUGUGAAAAAUCCUUGAAAUGGACCCAUUUCAAUGAGGUUCAUCUCUGUGUGCAUGCGUACUUAUCUCUUGUUUUACAUUAUUUCCAAAACCUCCCCUUCACGCUAGCUUGUAGCCUAACUUUGCCGGUUUAGUAGAAGAAGCAGGUAACAUAGGAGCUGUUCAGCUCUCGGACACUAAUGUCUUUGGGGUCAUGAUGAAAGUUAAUAUCAUAAUUAACUUUCUUACGAGCGUUGCAAUCUGCUAACACACACACUUGUUCUGCGAUCGUCUUCCCUUUUUCUCUGAGUCUGGCUUACAUAGCGGGGCUUUGGGGGCGGAGCUUGGAUUUGUGAUGUAGGAAAUCUCAGUGUGUCUGAACCUGCUGUUUGGGUCUGUCAGAGAUUCACAGAAAUGCAGUUUUGCUCUUAGUUUUCUCAUGAUAAAUAUCAUAUGAACACGUAGACAAUAAGAAAAACAUGAUUUUCAUCAGAGUGGGUCUUUAAACACGGUCAUAUUUGUUGAGAUUAAGCAGAAUUUUUACAGUGUGCUGAUUGGAAAUAAUCAAUCAGAGAUGGAGGUGAGUUUGCGGUUUAUUGUGCAUCUCGUGCUCAGGUCCAGAGGAGUCCAAGUGUUUCUCAUGAUACAGUUGAACCUGCAUUUAAUGGUGGUUUAAAACCAUGCAGUGAUUUCCACUUCAGAGUCGGUGCGGUGCCUCCUCACGGCCUGACUGCAGAUGUUGAAAUCACUAAACUCUUUGCAGUCGUGCACUCAGGAACAUGAUCCGGACUAUUCGGCCUCUCUGUGACGUCCUUUUAUUUCCAAUCUGCUUCAAAUAAACCUGAUCAGUUUCGGCUUUGUUGUCCCCGUCUUCACUUCUUUAAAACAUGCAGACACUCAAAUUUAAAACAAACAAUUCAUUUUUAGGCUGUAAAUUUAAUAAACUGCAAACAUCUGUUUUUAAUCCACAUUUUCACACUUUAAGCGCUCUAAUUAACAUUUUGGUAUUUUGGAUGCGGCGUAAUAUUUGUGCAACACUCGACUUCUUCGACACCGAAGCAGCAGGAAGCAAUCAGAGCGCAGAAAAAGAAAAAAUGUGCUGAAUUUGAACUUUUCAAGAUUUUUCUCGACAGCGAAAAACUGUCAGCUGUAAUAUCUCAGUAUUUACUGUAUCGAUAAAUAAGAAAAAAUGGAGCUGACAGUGAGAAUCAGCAGGCAGAUAAAAAACUGGGCAGCUAAUACAUCUGGCACUCAGACCCCGGUGAUCAUGCCAGCCUCUUGUGUUCAUGCACAUGCACGAGUGUGUGUGUGUUUAUUGUGUGUGUGUGUGUGUUAAAGGUGCGAGGCAGAUGGAGGGUUUACGUAAGCUGCAGAAAUACGUGUGAAAAGAAGCCGUACCAGUGGAGGCAUGCCCUCCUCUGCUCUCCAAUACCAUCUAUUAUUUCCUCCUUUCUCCCUCUCUCUUUAUCUCUUUCUGUCUCUACUUUUUAUUCCUCUCCACUCUCAGCCUCGUCUUUUAAUCCCAUCUUUUUCUUCUUAGUCUCUGCGACCAUCGUGUCUGAAGAAUGUGCUUACAUAUGAUCUGCAUUUCUGCUCAGGCUGCAGCUCCGUCCACAUCUUCAGCAUUCCACAUCUUCUCCCUCUCUGUGUGUGUCUGUUUCUGUGUGUGCAUCUUUGUCCAAACACAUGUUAUCUUCAUCCCCUCGGGGCGUCUCUCUUGACUGUUACUUCAGCGAUCAGAUAGGCGUUAUCAGGUGUUUACAUCCAGCUUCUGCAACAGGUACAUGUCCUUAAGGAACACCAACAUCCUCAGACGCUGAGGGAGACAAAAAGCACACGGUGUGACUGAUAAACGAUUCCAUUAGCAGGUUUACAAGGAAGUUUAAGUAUGAGGCCGGCAUGUCUGAGAGGUGACAUCAGAGGAAACACAGUUGUGUGUAUUUAGAGAAAGGAUCCAGGUUAUUUGUGUUUUUAUUAGAGAUGCACCGGAGAGUCUGUUUUUACUGAAUAAACCUGUGGAGAGUCUCCUUCUCUCAAUGGAAAGGCAACAUCAGUUUUCACUUAAACGUUUCUUUUAGUAAAAUAAAAAAAAAAACUUUCCAGGUCGAACAUGUUGGCGCAGCGAGGCGGGAAAUACCUCCAAACAGCUGACAAUUUACUCCAUCGAUGUGGGCAAGGUGACGACUUCCUUCUGUUUCUCUUUGCAGCAAAAUGGCAGAAGAGUAGCUGCGUUUACAUGGACACAAAUAAUCGGAAUAAACGCCUGAUCGGAAUGAAAAAGCAUCAUGUAAACAUCGGAAGAUUCUGAUCCAAUGAAGCUCAAUCGGAAAGAAAUUGUAUCCCGAUCAUAGGGGUGGUUUAUGCCGAUCGUUAUUCCGAAGUGCGUCCAUGUAAACACUUAUUCCGAUCGUGACUCCCUAACCUGACUCGAUCUUCACUCUUUAUUUAUUAAAGUCAGUUCAGGAGGUUUUAUUAUCAACACUCAACAGAUGCCGUGUCUGCUCGUCUGAUAACGUAACGAGGCGUACAUUCAGCUGUUUCACUGACUGGUGUUAAAAUGCAGAGUGUUAUACAGAACAGGGUAGGGGUGGGAGAAAAAAAAGAUUCACAUAAGUAUCCUGAUUUUUUGUUUUACAAUUUUUAAAUUGAUUUUUAUGCUCAAAAAUCUUUUUUUUUCAAAUUUAAGAAUAAACCUCACAAAACUGACUUACUGUAUUUUUUUAGAAUAGUCAGUAGACAAUCAUAAUCAUUCAACUGGUGUUAAAAAUUCAGACUAAAAAUCGAGAAAAUUGUCAAUAUCCUAGAAUCGCAAUUUAAAUCAAAAAUCGUAGAAGAAUCAAAUCAGGAGAAAAGCGUAUCGUCCCAGCCCUACUCUCCUUAUGGUCAUACUACAACAGCUGUUUUGGAUAAAUGUGCCUGUUUUGUAAUUUUGCUGAUUUUUUAUUGUUAUUAAUCAUUUAUAUCUCUAAUAUUAAUCAAUAGCUCCGAUGUUAUACAGUUUCUGAUUAUUUCUGCGGUGUGUUCUCCUGUUUUACCGCAGCAUAACAAACAUGACUCCUUCAUUUGUCAGAGAAUUCACGGACAGUUUGUCUUCAGACUCAAGAUGAGAUCUGGUUUUAGUUCCCUGAAUCUGUGGACAUCCACACAUGAUAUGAUGUCAAAAGAAUCUGUUUUUAUCCAAGAAUAUGAAGUAUAUUCACUUUGUGUGAAGUGUGCAGGCGCCUUGGUUUGUUUCCUAAAACGAUUGUUUUCCUUUGACUCAUUUCUGUUUUAGAUGUGACUCUGAGAGCGUCUGAUGGUUUUUAUUGCAUCGUUAAAUUUGGUCACUUUCCCUCCUUGUUAACUCAGAGUUUUCACAGACGCUCUGCAGAGCUGUGAUCAAACAUAAAGGCAGAAUAAACUCACUCAGUCACUCUCAGACGGCUGUUACUCAAGAAGAAGGAGGAGGAGGAGGAGAGUCAUUGGCAGUAAGAGCAGAAAUAAUUUAGUUGUCACACACAUGACCAAGCACGGUUAUUUAAUUCUGCUCCUGCUGAUGAUAUCAACCGUCUGACACGUGCUGCUGUGUGCAGAGAAAGAUCACGUUCAGAUCUUAAAGUUUUACGUACGCGUGGGUGGAUCUCAGUUAUUGAACGGGUGUAAAAAAACUGUUUCUCGUUUCUCUUGCAGCUGUUCCUAUUGACGUCCUGAAGGUCCUGGAGCUGACGGAGGACAUGGAGGGCGUGUCGUUGGAGUCGGGGCUUUGUACCAGCAGGGAGGGACGAGAGGAGACCGACCUCUCCUACAAGAUCGACAAGAAGAUACAACUGAGCGCGCCCACCAAGCAGCUCUUCCCGGGUGUGUGGGCGUGUCUGACGGCGUGAGGAGGUCAUGAAGUGGACGUGUGAUCGUGUUUUUUAACCUCAUGUCUGAUUUUUUUUCCAGAUUCACCGUUCCCGAUGAACUUCUCAGUGAUGACCACAGUGAGAGCCGUCAGAGGCUCACAGGCUUUUCUCCUCUCCAUGUAUGACUCUCAGGUACGUGGAUCAGACCGGCUGAUGGAGUCCACCACCAUCACCCUCAGACCCUGUGGAUGGUGGUGGACUAGGUCAGCUGUCAGUGUCCGAUGAAAAACACAUAUCCCACUUUUAGCAAUAUGGACUUUUUUCAAUACAUGCAUGGUCCAUAAUCUUCCCUAAUAACCUGUAGCUUUGGGUUUCCAAAUGACCGAUGGAAAGACGUUUUAUAGCAUCGUCUUUUCAACAAGGAUCUCUUUUGGGUGUCGGAAGUAUCAACAAACUAUGUAUCGCCCACCCUGGCCCUGCGUUGUCAAGUCCGCAAACAGACUUUACUCUGUGACAGACUCAUUACAGUCCAGGGUAACGCUACACUUUGAUACAACGUUUUUACCUCCGAUACGAUACCGAUAUCGUAGCCUUCACUAUUGAUGGAUACGGAUAUUGAUCUGAUAUUGGCACAAACUUGUGCACGACAAGUUUUGCACUCAGCUACAAGUCUUAUUCGGACUUAAAUGAAAAAUACUGCCACAGGGCCGACAUCACUCCUUGGUAUUUUGUUAGUACCUGAGUACACACUGAUGUUGUGGUUACGAGGGAUCAGGGCGCUGCUAGAUAGAUAGAAGUGCUGGAGUGGAGUCUGGAAUGGACUGCCUGUAUCGGAGUGCUGAUAUCGGAAUAUAUGUUUUUUUGCUGAUAUCCAAUAUCAAUAUCGUAUCAGGACACCCCUAGUCCUCACAACGACUGAUGCUGACCUCAAACUUUUUUCCGUGUUUCUUACCUGUACGUUCAUCCCCAGAGGUAAAGCCGCUGUUUUCUUUCUCUCACUUGUUGACUAUCGUAAAACUUGUCUGUGUUUCUGCUAUCUUUUAAUUUCUCCACUGAUAUUUCAGUAAAAUCAGAGCCAGAAUUUUAUUGAAAACCAGUUGAUUUAGUAGCAUAAGAACUCAAAGUAAAUUUGGUAACGCUUUCUUUUACGGUAAACUUAUUACCAGGUAAUUAACAGGUAAUUACCGAGUAACAACAUGAAAUUAUCUGGUAAUUACAUGAUAACUACUAAGUCAAUACUGUCUAGUUUUUCUUUUCUAUAAGGUGGUUUAUGAAUAAAAUUGUUUUUUAAUGUUCCUGAAAAAAACACAUUUUGCAGAUACGUUUUUAUAGAUUUAUAUCAUAUCAACAUUUUAGACGAGUUUAUUUUCAGAGCACAUUUAUACUGUAUUAAAUAUUCAAAAUCCAUCAAACAUAAAAUCAAAAACACUUCCCUUUAUGUAUCCAGAGUAAUUUCUAGGAGCUAGUUCAGGCCGGCUACUCGUCUUGCACUGAUUUGCACAUGACAAACACUCGCGCUCUGUUUAAGCUGCGAGAUUCUCCUCCACUGGACUCACAUUCUCAGCUCCAACAACUUCAUCCCAUCACUCCUUCAUUUCUGCAGAUAAAUUAAGUCAAACUAUAAGCAGCCCGGAUCUAGACGACCGUAUCUUCUCCUCAUUUCUUCAACGGUCCGUCUCUCUGUCCCUCAGGGUACGCAGCAGCUCGGCGUGGAGGUCGGCCGUUCUCCUGUCUUCCUGUACGAGGACCACGAGGGUCAGCCCCCGCCUGAGCUCUACCCCACCUUUAGGAAGAUCAACCUGGCUGAUGGCAAGUGGGUAACUGCACACGCACGAACACACGUUUCCUGCCUUCAUUUCAAAUUUCUGCCUUUUUUGGCGUCUCUGUGAAAAACUGUACAAAGAGGACAUCUCUUCCUCUUCCUGUCAGGUGGCACAGAGUCGCCUACAGUGUAGAGGGACGGUCCGUGACUCUGUACCUGGACUGUGUCAGACUGGACACUCUGGACCUGCUCAGAGGAUCUGACCCUCAUGUGAGCACCGAGGGAGUAACUGUGUUCGGGACGAGACUGCUGGACGAAGGCGUGUUUGAGGUAGGACAUGAAACCUGUGAUAAAAACGCUCUAGUUUAAGGGAAAUGGGUGAAGUGAAUCCAGGUGAAGCGGUCUUAAAGAGGGAACCAUGAUAGUCUCGUCUGCGUCGACCUUCUUUGUCAAGUUUAGACUCAUUUGGUUUCUUAAAAAUCCUUGGCAGAAAAUGAGAAUCCAUAAUAAGUUCCUUGUAUGUGGUUAGGAAGUGUUUCUGCUUGUUGCAGCUUGUUUGAUUUCUCCAUCAAAGUGGGACAAAUGAAUAAACAGAAGGCCUGUCUCCUCACACUGCCCUCCAGUGGUUGAUAGAGUGAACUGCGCCUUUAAUUCAGCUUCAAACCCGAGGCUGUGGAUGAUCAAAAGUUUUUACUCUGAUUGUUUCGUGACGUUUCUUCAUCAGAUCUUAUUACUGCAGGUAUUUAAACAAAAAAAAACAGUUUCAACAUAAUCCAUCCAGAAAAUCUGUUGAGUAGAUUUAAACUUUAACAAGUUCUGCUGCUGUUGUUGUCAGGUAUUGUGGUUGAACCUUGACCUUUGUCGUCAGUAUAAUGUCAGGUGGUCCAUCUGUUUAACUGGACCACUCCCUCUCCAUGUUUGUCUCCGAUUCUCCCCCAUAUGUUUGGAUGUGUAAAAUAGAGCGAGAGGAAAAGAGAGUUUUGGUCUUAAUGUUCUGGCACCGGUUCAGACCGAAACUCUGGAGACGAUUAAGUCCAGCACGGCGAUAAAAACCAGCCCGCCGCACCGCUUUGAUCUGGUUUAAUGAACACAUACAGUCGGAGAUGCAGACAAGAGGGAGAGAUGAAUUUGACAUGUCAUCCAUAUAAGUAAUGACUUAUCACACAGCGAGGGGAGAGUGAUGACAGAGCUAACGAGAUCUGACACUUCAUGUGCAUUCCUGAUGAUCAUACGGUCGUACAAACGGGCUGAGAGUCACAGAUCUGCAUGUUUCUGUGGUACAGGGUGAAAUCCAGCAGCUGCUGAUUGUUGAAGACCCCGCAGCGGCAAGAACCUACUGUCGGGACUUCAUCCCAGACUGUGACGCACCUUUACCCUACAACACCAUAUUAGCAGAGGCAGAGGAGGUAAGUCCUGGUCUGUCAUCGCGAACAUGAACUUUUAUCUACUCCAGUACGGCUGCACGAUUCAGGCCAAAAAUACAAUCCUGAUUUUUGAGUUUUUAUUCAGUGACAACUUCACCAAACUUCACUUCAAUAAAAAGUUUUUCUAUCAUCUCUCAAAAUUAAACCACUGAAAACGAUGUAGUUCAUAUGCCGAACCAGUAAGUGGCGCUGUAACGCUGCACAGGAAAUGCACAAAAGAUAGAAGAAGAGUACAGAGCAUGUGUGUAAAGGUUGUUUUGGUUGGACACGCGCAGGCGCCAUAAAAGAGUUACGUUGUGUGUCACAUGAAAUGAUCGCCUUCUUUAGCAAACGCCAUGUUUGUUUACACUGGUGUGUGUGGGAACUGCAGAAAGGGGGAGGAGCCUACGGUGGCCUGGAGGCGCGAGACAUGAUAGAGAGGAAAAUCGAUUUGAUGAUUUUAAUUUUUCUUAACAUCGUCAUGAUCAAAUAAUCCGAUUUAAAACCGAUUAAUCGUGCAGCCCUAGCUUCUAGUAGAUCUCAAUAAUCACACAGAAAGUUCAAAACUCUCCUGUUAGUUUUCAGUUUCCUUCGACAUUUAUUGUCGUGUUUUUUCACUUUUUAUGGCGUCAAAUUACUGAAUAUCAGUAAAAAAAAAAAAAAACACGAAAUUUAGCUGAAUCAGCACGUAAAAAAACAUACAGUCACAACAGGAAGUUUGUUUGGAGGAAGUUUAUUCAACAUGUUUCUCCAUCUAGUUUAAACCAGGUCGCUAACAUUGAGGAGGUAAAACUAUACUGCAGUCAGUCAGUAGAGGGCGCCCCAAAUGUUUGGACUUCAUUUUCAGGGGAACUGUCAUGCAGCCUGUCUUUGUUUUUAACAUGAUCGAGUAACUAAUUAUAACUGUAAUUAUGAUUCAGAGAGGAUUGACAGCGUGGAGAGAUCGGUCAGAAUAUCAAGACAGUCUGAGCGGACCGGAAGUUGUUUAAAGCCUUUCAAAAUAAAAGCAAAUAUACUGGGAGUACAUUUCUUUUUUUACAUCUGAAGUUGAUUCAAAGCCUUUCAAAUAGGGAAGUACAUAUUUUUCGUUUGUGUGAAUUUUUUUUUUCUUGGGGCUUUAUUUUAUGUAUAUAAUGUCAAUAUGAUUUUUGACCACUUUAAACAAACUGGAGCGCCUGAGAAAAAACCUCACCGUUAGUCAACAGCAGGUACCGUAAUCCACAAGUAUGUACAGCAGUGAAUUAUAUCAGAGCUACUACAAGAAGAUUUUACUUUAAAGCUGCAAAUUUGACCUGAGCUGGGGUAAAAUAUGGAGCCCAUCACUGAUAGAUUGAGGUGUCAGACCUCAGAUAGUCAGAUCUGACCUGAAUCAUGUUGGAUGAAAAUCGGUCUAAACGUGAGACCCGUCUGUUUCUCGUGUUAUGUAAGUCCUCUAAUCACAGGAGGGUGAAUCACAUGUCAGAUCAGGAGGAUUCUGAUACCUGCUCCUCUUAACACCCUCCAUGUUGUAAAUCCAGACUGUCACCUGUAAAGUGAAGUAGCCCCCCCCAGGGUUUCACUCAUAGAAGGAAAACCAUUACAGGUAUUUAUGGACGGUUAGGAGCGCCGUUAUGACAGAGAGACUCAUAUUUUCAUGUAUUUACACUUAGUGGCUGACAUCAGUUCAGACAUCACUGUGGGCUGUGAAGAAGUGAGACAUCCAGCUCGACACUUUGUGGUUUCUAUUACAUUUUAAAUCUUUGCAUGUGUCGACAUCUGUGUCUGCGCGCAAACACAGAAAUCUCCGUCCAGUUUCAGAAGACUGCUGCAGCUGUUUAUUUAGACGCUGAUAGGAUCACGCUGCAGCUCUCAGAUACGACGAUAAAUCAUACACGGCUAGCAGCAUCUCCUGAGAUUCUCUCUCCUGUCUUUAUCUUGUAAUCUCUGAAUAAAAACAAAAGACGUGUUUCUGCCAGGCUCUCGGUGCCAGUGUUCUGCUUGCCUGGGAAAAGCUUCAAAUCCUCUCCUUCUUCUGCUGCUGUUUGAUUUAUCAUCUGGCUAUCGACUCAAACCCCUCCAGGACCUCCGUUUUAUGUGUGUUCGGUUGUUUUAUUUUAACACCUCCACAAUCUGGUAUCAGCAGGAAGAAGCCAACCAUAAACACGGAGUUUACACGCUCUUGUGUGCUCUGAAAAAUGCUCUGAUGAAGCCGUUGUGUUUGGACGGGAAGUCCUGGAAGAGGCAGAAUAAACGGGACCAAGCUGGAGCUGUUCAGCAUGUGGCCUCUGCUGUGUCUGUGUGUGUCUGUGUGUGUCUGUGUGUUUUGGCUUUUUCAUGAAACAUCCAACAGCCUGACAAAAUCUGACUUCUUUGUUAGGAUCCUGACAGUCAUGAGGUUGUCUCUUCAUUUCAUUUACAAAUGAUAUAAAACUUUUUAUUUUCUUUUUUAUUAAAGGAGGAGUUUUGAUGUUACUUUGAAAAACCUCUUUCUGAGCUGCAGAAGAAAAUAUCAGUAAACCUCUUUUUGUCCACAGGAGGCGCCAAAAUCAACACAGACAGAAAAUCGCUCACAGCAGCUUUAAAUCUAUUUAAUCAGAAAAACAUUGUUUUUUUAUUGUUUUUUAUUAGGAGGUUAGGCUCAUUAGAACAGGAACCUAUAACUACAUAGGGUAUCAUAUAACAUCCACAUCACUAUCAAAAAUGUAAAAAUAUUGAUACAAGAGAAUCGCUGUGCAUCAAGAUAAAGAACAAGACAUACAGUCUGCCUCCUGGGGUGUUUUCAAUCUUAUUUUGUGGACCAAUAGGAACAUGACUGGGAAAUAAAACAAUGAUAAAAAAUAAAUAAAUAAAUAAAGUUAAAUAAAUAAAUGAAUAAGUAAAUAAAUAAAUAAAAAUAAAUAAAUAGUAAUAAUGAAUAAAUAAAUAAAUAUUAAUGAUAAAUUCAUACAUAAUAAUAUAAUAAAACAGUAAAUAAAUACAAUAAUAAAUAAAUAAAUACAUAGUAAUACAUUGAAUAAAUAAAUACAUAAUAAUCAAAAUAAAAGUAGUGAUAAGAAUUAAAUAAUAACAGAGAAACAGUGUUUUUGCCAAGAUCUACAGCUUCACAUUUUAACACCAACAGACAACACCACUUAAAGCUCCUAUAAGGAGUUUUUUAUAAGUGAUUAAACAGACUUGGGUUAAAUGAGACCAUUAAUAAUGAGGUUGACUUUUUUUUCUGCUGCGAUUUUAAACGCCUGUUUUUGCUGUUUUACGCCAACCUAACAGCUUUAGGUAUUUUUCCAACAGCAAAUAUUUACAGUUGGUCAUAAGUUUCACUGGAAAAAGUUAACAAACACUACUUUGAUAAAGACAGGAUGGAAUCAGCAACAUUAUAAGAGUUACCGUUUUGUCCACAGGGGGUGCCAAACUCAACACAGACAGAAAGUUCCUCACAGGAGCUUUAACAUUUAUAAAUACAAGUCGAAAGGUCAUUAAAGAAAGUUUCUGCAGCCUGAUAUUUUAUUCUCAAAUGCCACAAAUUUGCUUCAAAGGGACAGUAUGUCCUAUUUAUCAGGAUUUAGCAGAAAAGAAACAGAAUAAAUAAAGUAAAAAACUCUUUAAACUCUUUGAAUUUCCCUUCAAGGAUCAUUUAAGGUCUUCUUCUUCUUCUUCUUCUUCUUCUUCUUCUUCUUCAGUAAAAGUAAAAGUAAACAGAGAGGAAUAAGAAGAGAGCGGCUGUUAUUCUGCCCAAAAUAAACACCUGUUGAUGUUGACAUAUUGAGGAUCAUGUGUCACCGAUGCUUCUUGUCUUUUCAUCCUUGUUCGGUCUUCUCAGGUGGAGAGAUUGCCGAAGAAACACGUCCAAGAGUUUGAGGAAUUCGACUACAGCGACCUUUAUGAAGAUCUCUCCUUCUCCACGGUGACCUCAGGUCCUAACGUCACCGAGUAUGAGGUCAGACUCAGCAGGAUCAACUGAAGCUCGAGUUUUAUAUCUGUGUGUUUUUUUUGUUUCUGCACAUCCUCCUCGCUCUGUGUGUGUGUAGAUCAUUGAGUACGAAGACUACGACAACGGGACAGAUUACUACCAUGUGAACGAGUACGAGUAUGAGGAAGAGUACGACGACCGCUACGGACCUGCUGAGAGGGAGCGAGAGAUGUCUCUGAACGCAGAGGUAACAAAACGCUCUUCUCUUUACGUCUGAUUUAUCCACAUCUUUACUUUUUACACGCCUGUGUCCAUUUCUUCACAAGGAUAUACCGGAGAAAGGACAGAAAGGAGAACCGGGCCAGCUAGGAGCGGUAAGAACAUCACAGCCCCGUCAAAUCCAGUAAAUAAGACGCUCGUAGAAUACUGGUGUUGUCCCUGAAGAAGUGAGCACCAGUGCAACCAGUAAACCAGUUUAAGAGAGAGAGAGGUGCUCUUUAGGACCAUCAUAGAUUCAGAGAAAACAGUGGUAUACCAACACUGCAGCAGACCAUGAAUCUAUCUAUUCCUCACACUACCAUCCAGCUCAGAAAGUCGGGGAUUCAGUGGGACUGGGAUCAUGAAAUUAUGGGAUGAUGAGUAUCUGUCUUAUUUCUGCAGGGAACCCAGAUAACAGGACCAUACGGACCUCCAGGACCUCAGGUGAGUGUGAUCAGCUGCAUGAAAUACGACCCGAGAGGCAUUCAGUGUUUUUAGUAUUCAUGCAAACAGACUGUUUUUCAUGCCGAGUGGGUAAAAAAGGUGAGAGAGGAAUCUUUUUACCUCCCAUCAAAUCUCAGCUCUGUGAUUUCAGGGGGAGUCAGGACCACCUGGAAUCACAGGACCUGUUGGACCUCGAGGAGACCCCGGGGAGCUGGUGAGGACUGUCCUCUGUUUGCUUCGUCGAUUCACCACGCGCUCUUUUUCUCCUUUUGUGAAUGUCCUCCUCUGUCUCCUCUCAGGGCCCUCCAGGGCGGCAAGGUCUUAGUGGGGCUGAUGGGAUCCCGGGACCCCCAGGAAACAUCAUGCUCAUACCGGUAAUAUAAACACGCCUGAGGCUGUCUAAUCUGCAGAGAGGCUGUUAUUUAGCUCUAAUAACCCUCAGUGGGGCCUGAGGGCGGCUGGAAAUGUUGGCAUAUUGUUCCUGAGAAACAGGCCGGCUCAGUUAUCGGACUUUUCCUGUAAAGUUCAGUCCAGCUCCAUCUCACUGGAUACAGCCGACAAAAUAAAACAUUGUUAUUAGGGGAUGGGACUCGAUUAAAAAAUAAUCUAAUUAAUCACAGGCUUUGUGAUUAAUUAAUCACAAUUAAUCACAGUUAAUCGCAAUUAAUCGCAUAUAAAUAUUUGACCUGAGAACAGUAAGAAUAAUUUUUUUUAAUUGUUAUACGAGUGAAUCAGUGAUCAGUGAACUGAAUAAAUACAUAAGUUUAUUUUAGAGAGUUUGUUCAUUUUUCUGAUGUGGACUCACUCGUCUUUGCUCUGAAUCCACUCAUCUGGUCGAGUGUGGGUGGGUGUGGGUCGCUGUACUCAGAGUCGGGCUAAUGUUAGCUUCCACGCUAGCUGCAGCAUGUUUAGCAUUUAGCAGGCUCAACGUGCUGCGGUGAUAUGCUGAUCCUUUUUUGCAUAGUUUGCACAAGACUAUUUUUUUUAUUCGAGCUUCCAUCCAUCUUUUUUUUUGUUAAACAAAAAUGCCCAUCUGCGACUUCGUUAAUUUCUCCGAGUGGCAGAUUUUUUAUUUUUUUUUUGUAGGAUGGUAGGGGAAGGUCUUGCCCUCCUUCGCCUCUGAUUGGCUAGAAGUGCUGGGCUCUGAUUGGUUAUUCCUUAUGGCUGUGAAACGUCAUUGUCUGUCUGGUUAGGGUUAGAAUUGCGAUAAUCUUCUGUAAUGUUCUGUUCGAUGUACAGAGCUGACAGCCCGUGUUUGGCUUGAGCGUGUGAUGACGUUUCCAGCUUUUCUAGCCAAUCAGAGGCAGAGGAGGCGGAAUUUCCCCUACAAUCCUACACAAAAAAAUAUCGCCCCCGGGUGGGAGUGGAAUCACUGCUGCACUCACUCAGAUUGGGGUGUGCCGGUCUAUGCCUGAAACUCGUCCUGUGAGAAACAUGACGCGGUGCAAAAAUACAGUCAGUGUGAUUAAUAUGGGUUAAUAACGAGAUAAUUAAUUAAUUGUAAUUAACGCGUUAAAGUCCCGACCCUAAUUAUAAUGUUAAUACAUUUUUGAAGCCGAAGCGGCUCCUUGUCUUCAUACAGGAUUUGAUAGCAGUGCUGAAUAUCGACCACUGGGUGGGGUAUUGAGUUACAAAGCAUCUUAUAUUUGUGUGUGUGUGUGUGUGUGUGUGUGUGUGUGUGUGUGUGUGUGUGUGUGUGUGUGUGUGUGUGUGUGUGUGUGUGUGUGUGUGUGUGUGUGUGUGUGUAGUUCCAGUCAGGUGGCGAUCCAAAGAUGGGGACUGUCGUUUCUGCACAGGAGGCUCAGGCUCAGGCUAUCCUGCAGCAAACUAAGGUACAGAAACGUUUAAAGUCCACAGACACGACGACAACACUGACAUGAAACAGGAAGUGACUGACUCUGACCCUCUCACCUCCUCCAGCUGGCUAUGAAGGGACCUCCAGGGCCGCUCGGCCUCAGAGGGAGACCCGGACCUCUGGUGAGUGACGCCUGUAUACCAGUGAGAUCAGUCUACAGAUAUAUAAGAUGAAAUCCUGGAUAUCUGUGUUUCUGAUCGUCUGCAGUGAAGAUGUUUUUACGCUCCAGUGACGAGGAGUGACAGAUCUGGCAAAACUCCAGCUAAAUACUUAGUCUGGAUACUUCAAGAUAAAGCAUGUGGGCAUAUUUGGAUAAUUUAUUUAACGUGUUUGUAACAGCUGACACACCUGGGAAAUCCUGCUCUGUGUUUGUGAUCCAGAAAUGAUCCAGAUUCUUGGUGUUUUGGUGUUGUAGACAGAUAAGAGAUGAAUCCUGGGAGUUUUUCUACAUUUUAGCCUGAAGAUAACCUGAGGAUAUUAUGAUAACAUGUGACCAAACUGGGAGUUUAAUUCAAAACACUGUGAGAAGAAAUCAGAGCGUCCUUUCUCCAGCUCCCUCCUCCACAUUUGUAGAUCCAUCCCUCGUUUUGUCCUCCAGGAUUCCUGCGUCUUUCUUUCCCCAUUAAAUGCAUCAGCUGUGUUUACGUCUGUCAGCUGUGUCGUAGUUUUGAAUUUUGUCACUAAAUUUUGGGAUUUGUUUGAGAGAAUCAAAUCAAAUCUAUUAAAGGUAAUUUUAAUUAUGUGGUGUCUUCCUCAAGAUCAUCCUCGUGGUUUUUAAAGUUGAUGAAGAGCUGCUUCAUGUUGUAAAUUCAUUUUAAACAAAAACCAAAAACAGGAUUAUUAUUUCACAUCAAAUCUAGUUUUUGGAGCAAAAAGUCCAAAAUGUGAUAAAUUCACGUUUACUCUGUCUCCCAGGGUGCACCAGGUCCAUCUGGGCUGAAGGGGAGCAACGGAGACAUGGGUCCAUCGGUGAGCCAACUCGUUGUCAUAGCAACUGCCUCAAAAGUUCGUCCUACAACCCCGAACUCAUUUGAUUGGUCUCUUUGUCACCUUAGGGUCCUCCAGGACUGCCCGGUCUCCCGGGUCUGAACGGACGAAUCGGGAAAAGGGUGAAGUUUUGAUUUCUGUUUCCUGUCGUUGAGAAAAAACUGUUGACGUUUUCUUUACUGAACUUGUUUGUGUUUUUUUUUCAGGGUCGCGGGGGUACUGACGGGGCGCGUGGUGCGAUCGGAGAGACCGGAGCAAAGGUGCAAAUGAAGUGAAGUUUCCUGAGUUUCCUGAAAGUUUGAAAAUAACUCUGAAACUAAAACUCAUUUCUCCUCUUUUUUAGGGGGACAGAGGGUUUGACGGCUUACCAGGUCUCCCUGGAAACAAAGGACAUAAAGUAAGAGUCGUGUGGAGGGUCUCAGACCGAGGGUCUCAGGCCGCUGAUCUUCGAAACAAAUACAAACUCACGUGUGUGUGUGUGUCUUCUUAGGGGGACAGGGGGAAGCCGGGUCCUGUAGGUCCUUCUGGGGAGUCAGGAGAAAAGGUGAGAGGUCACAGUGGUGUGUAUAUAACCAUAGAUAUAUAGAUAUAAACGCUAAAUGUCUUACACACGCUGUUAGCCAAUGGAGACCGACGUCCGCGCAUGGCGGCCAUCUUGCUACAGGAAGCUCAUCCACUCAUAAUUCCAGUCUACGGUUCAUGUAACAUUUAAAUAACCAUAGAUUGAUUAAUUUUAAACCGAUUUUCUAACAGUUUGGUUUGUAACAAACCUCAGAGUUUUAGUUAUGUUCCUGCAUACUGAAGAAUAAUUUGAACCAUGGAUUUUCAUAAAUAAACAUUAAACAGAUAGGUAGAGUAAUAGCUAUAGACCUACACACACAAGGCAGUUAUAUUAAAUCAUUUAUAUAUAAAACAUUUAAUCAUUCCAUGUGUGUUAUAUUAGGAAUAUUUCUAUUAUAGGGAUAACUAAAAUAACAUAAAGCAAAAACAUGUAUAAAUAUUUAUUUUUAAUUCCGACUCACAGCCACGUUAUUAAGGUCUGUAAUAAACAAAACCAUCUGUAAAUCUGUCGAGAUUUCAGCGAGUUCAGAGUAUUUUUGAUCAUGCAGAUUACUCACCUUCUGUCAGCUACCAUAGAGUGUACCAGAAUGGUAUACUGGAGGAAGAUGGCCGCCAUGGAGCGAUGCCUUGAGUCAUCUAGCCUUUCUUAUAGAUAUCUAUGUGUGUAACAUCUGUACGUGUGUGUUUGUGUGUGUGUGUGUGUGUGCUGCAUGUACUCAUGUUUGUGUUUCUGACAGGGCUCUGAGGGACCACCGGGGCCGAGGGGACAACCAGGAGAUGCUGUAAGUGUCACAAACAGUCAGCUGAUACACUACCAUGACCCUUUAACCAAAACCUGUUCCUAACACGACUUUACCAGGCAUGAGGAGAGUUAGUUUGUCCUCACAAAGAUAGAAAAUCAAACACACAGUAAUCUGUCAUUUAAUGCAUCAUGUGAUUCCAGGGCUCCAGAGGUCUGAACGGUCCCAGAGGUCGACCUGGUCCCCCCGGCCAGAUUGUGAGUGUGAAAUAAACACAGUUUAAGAAGUACUGAAUCUGCACUAUUAUACACACACACACACACACACACACACACACACACACACACUCGUGCAGUGUUGGUAGCUGUCCAGAGAAACCGAGGUUUCCCUAACCGCCGACACGGAUUCAUCGGCGGUUUCACUAUCUGAUAACGCCACGUGAUCACGUCGACAUGAUGUAACGGCGGUUAAUCAUUCGUUAACACGGCGUUAUGUAAUUUCGAUCUCGUCGGAGAGAGCCACCCCGUGCCAAAAAAAACUACAUCAUAUCUGCAAACACCUCGAGCUCUUUGGAGCGUGAAUAAUUUAUAGUAGUAUGUGUGCACUCGUAGAAACGCGAGCUCGCACUUGUGAGUAUCUGACACUUCUUUAUUUGUUUUAUGUCGGUUAAUGAAGCAUCACGAGCCUUAAGCGAGGAGGUGCGAACGCCAAAAACGAACAGGGGGGGCGGUAUCGUUUUCAUUCGUCUUACGUAACGAGCUCAGAUGUAAAAGAACAUCUUAAGACUCUAAAGAAGUGUGUGUUUUUGUAAAUAAGAGUCCACACAGCUCCGUCUUUAACUUCUUUUACGUGUUUUUGUUUGUCUGUCUCCUCACAGGGCAUCCGGGGAAUCGAUGGUGUUCAGGGUUCAAAGGGAAACAUAGUGAGUACAGCUGAAGACAGAAUAAGCUCUAUCAAUCUGUCACCUACUUUUCCACCAUUAAAAACUCUGUUCAGUGUUUUUAAGCAAAGAGAGAAUAUUCUUCUUGUGUCAUAACGUCGAGCAGAUCCAACAGAUUCAAGAUGUCUGUCACAGCAGAUGUUGUUGUGCAUACUUAUCUCAUUAUCUCUUUAAGUAUCAGUAAAACUAACGCUGUCGUGAUGUCAAAAUAAGAGGGAGAUAUACGGCUGAUGAACCUCAUCAACCUGUUUGUGUUAGGGUCCCCCCGGGGAGGUCGGAGCACCCGGACAACAAGGAAACCCCGGGAUUGUGGUACGAGCAGAAAGAUCAAAAUACUCGCACAGAUAAAUCAAGUGUAAGAUAACGCACGGAGAAAUCACUGCUCUGUCUCUGCUGUAGGGUUUUCCCGGUCCUCAGGGGUUAGUCGGGCUGCCAGGAGAGAAGGUACGGCACAUUCAGAUCUGGUUUUUAUCACUCUGAGGCGACAGAGUCGAGAUUAACGGCCUGGGUUUGUUUACAGGGACCCCAAGGGAAGAAAGGGAUGCAGGGUUUGCCUGGGAAUGACGGCCCCCCUGUGAGUACACGUGUAUUUCUCAAGUAUGAAACAAACAUGUCCGGGACGGAUAAUAAUCAUAUCAAACCCACAAUCUAACAGGGUCACCCCGGGAGAGAGGGGACCCCAGGUGAAAAAGGACUGCCGGUGAGUCACAUCAUACACACACAAACCUGUUUCAGAGCAGGUAUAAGUUACUCCACAUAUAUGACAAAUCAGACGCAGCAGUGGAAGAAGGAGAAGGGGCGGGCUGAGUGAUGCACUGUGGGCGGAGCUUGACUGAGCGCUGGUUAAACUCAGGUAGCAGAAGUCCUGUCACACUGGCUGCAGGAUCGAUGUACGUCAACCCGACGACAAGAAGCCUAAAGAAAAUAAAUAAACACAUAUAAAUAAAUAAGUGUUACCCAAAGAUGUUCACUUCACAAAGUAUGAACAUUGAUUUUCCUCGUGUGUGUGUGUGAUUUGAAGGGUCCUGUUGGAGUGCAGGGUCCUGUCGGAUACCCCGGACAACGAGGAGUUAAGGUAGGAAACGUGAAGGUACCUGAUUCCUUCUGUGUUUGGGAUCUCUGUGGUUCAGGGUGGUCUCAUGAAGGUCCUCAAAGCGAUCAGAACUGAUCAACUCCAGAAACUGUUGAAGGAAAGUGAACUCUUCUGCGGUUUAGUGGAAAAGAUGCGACCACGUAAAUCCUGAAGAACCUCCGAUGUUCUCUUCCCUUGUUUACCCACACUUUGUUUUCCUGUCUGACAGGGAGCAGAUGGGAUCAGAGGACUAAAAGGAAGCAAAGGCGAGAAGGUGAAGUAAAAAAGUGACGCGUUGAGAGCGCAUUAAGAGAGUUUUACUGUCUGAAAAUAUCAAAUCGCCCCACAGGAGGCGUCCAACUGUUCCCUACUGAUGUCUUUUGGUGUCUUUCUCAGGGAGAGGACGGUUUCCCCGGAGCUAAAGGGGAAAUGGGAGCAAAGGGGGACGUCGGAGACAACGGGGCUCUGGGUAUCCGAGGAGAAGACGGGCCUGAGGGGCCGAAAGGUCAGAUGGGUCCUCAAGGAGAAUCUGGUCCUGUUGGUAUCGCUGGAGAAAAGGUGCAGAGCUGAGUUUGCAUGAAAGUUUCAUAACUUUAAAAACGUGAUGAAGACGAGCAGAGAGUGACCGUGUCUCUGCCUUUCAGGGGAAACUGGGAGUUCCUGGACUGCCUGGAUAUCCGGGGCGUCAAGGACCAAAGGUACGAAGACUUAAAUCCAACCCUUCAGUGAUGUUUGAAACACACUGACUCUGUGUGACCUCCUCCUUCUUCUCAGGGUUCGGAUGGGUUUCCGGGUGUGCUGGGACCUGCAGGAGAGAAGGGGAAGAAAGUGAGCCGAGGAUUUUAGAUCGUUCAAAUACUAACGCACAAAAAUGAAACGUUGAUUCAAAGACUUUUUUUAUGAACAUCCUGUUUUUUUUCAUAUCCAGGGUCCUGCAGGACAACCAGGAGGUGGAGGCCAGAGGGGUCCAAACGUGAGUGAUGAGCCCAAAAUGCAGCUAAACCUCAGCUCGAUAUGAGGACAGAGACUUAAUAUUGAUCCAAACACAAGAACAGAAAAUAGAAAGAGAGAGAGAGAGAGAGAGAGAGAGAGCUGCCGAAACCACAGAAGAUACAGACGUGAUCGGAGAGAUACGUGAAAUGUUGAUACGUGCAUUUCUUUUCCUUUUUCCAGCUGUAUGUGUGUUUUUACAAACAUUCACAGAUAAUGUCGGAUUCAAUCAAAUAAACAAAGUCCGCUCCAAAGUACAGAUUUAUAGGCACAGAUUCUAGUCAGAGGCAGGAGGACAGAUAGGAAAUUCUUACACCACUAACAUAAACUGUGCAUCAGUAAAGUUCCCAUCUUUUAAUUAAGGAGGCUUCCUUCACCUCCGUCCAAAACACACUUAAUUUAGGGCGGAGCCAAAAUCUGUGGGUGUGAUUAUCUAUUUGGGCUCCGCAGUUUCUCCCACAUGACCUGGGAUAUUGUGGACCCAUCUUGGAAACGAAAAUCCAUUAUUUUAAAGGUGCAGUCUGCAGAAAUAUAAUAUAAUAUUCACAAUAUUAUUUAGAUUAGUCGAUUAUAACCAGCAAGAAGGCGAGUCCCCUUCCUCAGAGGCUUUUUCUUGUUUCUAUUGAUGUUUUUUAUCACGCAUCAAAUCAGUUUUUGUCCUCUAAGACCACCGUAGUCCAUGCUUUCAAUCUUCACACUUUAACUCACUGUUUCUGUCACUAAAAUCACACUCAGACUUUCCUUUGAGUUUACUGUGAGUUUAAAGUUUCAUCUUCAGACGUCUGUCAGUGGUCAUGCAGAGUUUGUUUCUGCUGCCCUCUAGUGGCUAAAAUAUCUGCACACAGACGUUUUUCUGCGUCCACUAAUGCCCUUAAGGCAGCAGCAGCAGACGUAGAUGAAUAGAAGUGAACUGCAGAGAGAGUUUCAGCCUGAGGUGAGUGUACUUUGAUGGAUGUCUUACAUUUGGACUCACCCGUCUGUCUUCUUCUCUGACAGGGCGCACGAGGAGGCAGAGGAGCUAAAGGGCCAACGGGGAAACCAGGAGAAAAGGUCAGCUGACCGUCUGUCGGCCAAUAAAAUCGUCUUCUUCCAAAUGUCUGCUGUUGAUUCUAUCAAUCACCGCCACGGUGUUCUUCCCUCACUUUCACAGGGCGCCUCAGGACACGACGGGCCUCCAGGAUCUCCUGGAGAAAGAGUAAGAAAAACACGUUUGAAGUUUUUAUUUUUGAACUUUUCAUUCAUUCAUUUGAAAAAAAUAAAAAAGCAAAAAUACAAGAAGUGAUAAACACGCAGAUGAGAAAAAACACAACAGAAGUAAAUCCGUAAAUCAGUAUAUCUCAUUCGUUUGAUGCAAGUGUUUUAGUCAUGAACUAUUUUUUCAAUAAAUGCACCAUUUCCCAACAUUUUUACCCGAGUUCUCUCUGUAGAUGAAUUACUCUAAUUAUCGGUGGACUGAGCGGCCAAUCACCACCUGAUAUACUGACUGUUGGUGUUUUUUUAGGGACCUUCAGGGCCACAAGGGAGGAACGGAGAACCAGGACCCAAAGGAGGAACUGUGAGUUUAGCAAAAGCAGAUAUUGACACAUAAAUUGAGAAUAAAUUCAGAGUUAUAGAGCGAUUUUUUAACUGUUUGAUUUUGAAUUAUUCAAACAAAAGAAGGGAAACAGGAUGGACAGGUCACCAGCCAUAACACAAAGCUUUGGUUAACUCUCUUCAUGGAUUAUUGUCUCAAUAACUCAGAGCAGGAGAGUUAAGGAUAAUCAUUCAUACUAACAAUUAAUGCAGCACUUUUUUUCUAUUUUUGUUGAUUUUUUUUUUUAUACUUUUGAUUUUUUUCUUGAAUUCUUUCUUUUUUGAUAUUUUAGAUUUUUUUCUUGAAACUUUUUCUUGCAUUCUUUCCUUUUUCUUGAUUUUGUGUUCUUUUUUUUUAAUUUUUUUCAUUUGAAUUUUUUUUCUUGAUUUUUUAAAAAAUAUUUCUUGAUUUUUUUUUCUUUUUUCUUGAAUUUUUUCAUUUGAUUUUUUUCUUGAAUAUUUUCUUCUUUUUCUUCUUUUUCUUGAAUUUUUUCUAUUUUUAAUUUUUUUUUCUUGAAUUUUUUUCUUGAAUUUUUUCAUUCAAUUUAUUUUCUUGUUUUUUUUUAUUUGAUUUUUUUUUCUUGAAUUUUUUUUUCUUGAAUCUGCAUUUAUUAUGACGUGUGCUGCUGACCUUUUGGCCAGGUUGCACUUGUAAAUGAAACCACGACCUUAAUGAGAUUCUACCUGGUUAAAUAAGGGUUAAAUAAAACUAAUUAAAUAUUUGAAUACAGUCCCAGUGAGGAGUAGAGCCGGUUACUAAAACAGAAUAGAGAAAAACAAAAGAAGAAGGUCAGACAAAGGAAGAAAGAAAUGCACCAAAUAUUUCCUCCCUGUGUCAUUUCCAUAUUCAGUAUCAUUAACCACCUGGACCAGAACCUUCUGACUCCAUUAAAACAAAUUCACCUCCAACACUUCAAUCAAACACAGUUACACACAAUUCCUCUUUGUUUUUUUGCUGCUGCCUGAACUAUAAUUAGAAGUUUAUUCUCUUUAUUUGGUACCGUGGUCCGCACUGCAGUGUUUUUGUUGUGGUGCAGUCUGCUCGUGCCAAAGUUUGAAACACUCCUCCUAGGGUUCUCAUUUUUUCAUUUUCUGAUAACAAUUCCUCCGACUGAGGAUUCACGGGGAAGAAAUCCUGCUCACAUGCUGCUAUGAAUCACUUUGUGUUGCCUCUGGGGGACAGCUCCUGCAGCCUCAUUUGAAUAUCUGACAGCUCCUGUAAUAAAAUGCCACAUGGGUGAAUUUAAAAAAGCUGCUCAGGAUUAUUAGGACCAUUCUUAUGCCCCUCAUUUUCAAUACCAGAGAUAUAACUUUGUAUUUGGAGGCCGUUUUUUACCCUAAACAGCUCACGUUUAUUUUAAUGUGUGUGGGAAUCCAGGGUCCUGCAGGGAAAGAUGGACUUCCAGGUCAUCCGGGUCAGAGAGGAGAGCCGGUGAGUGGGUUUACGUUUUAUGAGAGGUCAUUAAAGGUCAUCAUGUGCUGCUCUUUUCUUUGAGAAGUUCAUUUUCUACUCCUCUUUUUCUGUGACUUCAGGGAUUCCAAGGAAAGACGGGCCCCCCGGGACCCUCAGGUGUUGUGGGGCCACAGGUGAGCUCAGCAGUGAAUCACUUAUUAUGUAACAACUGCCUUCAGCUCCAGGUCUGUGCAGGUUUAACUGACCCGAUCACCUCUGUGUGUGUGUGUGUGUGUGUGUGUGUGUGUGUGUGUGUGUGUGUGUGUGUGUGUGUGUGUGUGUGUGUGUGUUACAGGGGAAAUCUGGUGAACCUGGUCCAACAGGGGACAGAGGUCACCCGGGGGCACCAGGUGUGCCAGGAGAGCACGGUUUACCCGGGACUGCUGGGAAGGAAGGAGGAAAGGUGAGUCCGUGACGUCACACACACACACACACACGGUCUGUUAUCCUCACGUUUCGGACCGUAAUCAUAACCAUGCUGGACUUUGGUGUCUCAGGGUGACCCAGGUCCUCAGGGGACAUCUGGAAAGAACGGACCCACAGGACUGAAAGGGUUCAGAGGGAGCAGAGGAGCCCCAGGAAUUAUGGUAGGACACAAUCUCAGAUCAGCGACUCGAUUUGUAGCUGCAGGAAAGACACAAUUGUGUUGUACUUGAUCAACAAGUACACACAAAAACCUACAAGUACACAACUCAGAGUGUGGAUUUCACAUUUACUAAUACACAUAGACAAUAACUGUACACAUGUUACAGAUGCACAAACCUUUUGCAACCAAACUCCAUUUAAAGGUACAGUGGGUAGUUUUUAGCGGAAAAGACUUGAUAGAAAUGAAAAAUUAUUUGUGUCCUUGGAGGCCACCGUAGAUUCACCUACUGGAGGGGUGAGCAGGGGAACAUUUCAUCCAGAACCUAACGCUCCAUAUCACCAAAUUUCUGCACUGUACCUUUAAAAUAUGAACGUUUGAUCAGGUUGUGUAAAUGAUUCGAGCAGAAUCAUAAAAAUCAUACCUGGUCUUUUUCAGGGACCUCCUGGUCUAAAAGGAGGAUCAGGACCCAGUGGAUCCCCAGGAGGCGUGGUGAGUCUAAGUCCGUCAUAACUUCUCUGUAACGUGUUUUUUUAAUGAGAUGAAAGCAGAGGUAUUGAUCUGCAGAUUUCUCUGUAUCAAGGAGACUCGGAUCAAUAAGCGAUCGAUCCAGAAUUCUAAUUCAUGGAGUUCUUGUGUCUGUAGGGACCCACCGGUGAAAGGGGCCCUCCUGGAUCUGCAGGGGCUAUUGGACAGCCUGGUCGGGCUGGAGCGAUCGGAGGACCUGGACCAAUGGGAGAGAAGGGCGAGCCGGUAACCUCGUGUUUUUUAACUCUGCUGUGUGUGUGUGUGUGUGUGUGUGUGUGUGUGUGUGUGUGUGUGUGUGUGUGUGUGUGUGUGUGUGUGUGUGUAGGCAGAAUAACAGGUCGAACAUUCUUGUUUUCCAGGGUGAGAAGGGUCCGAUUGGUCCAGCAGGUCAGGAUGGGGAUCAGGGACCUGGUGGGUUGCCCGGGGCGACAGGCCCUGCAGGACCUCCAGGAGACGACGGUGAUAAGGUGAACUAUCUGUUCCAGAGAGUGUGUGUGUUUGUGUGUGUGUGUGUUUACUGUGGUGAUAAUUUGUGCGUCUUCUGUGUGUGUGUGUGUGUGUGUGUGUGUGUGUGUGUGUGUGUGUGUGUGUGUGUGUGUGUGUGUGUGUUCACAGGGAGAACAAGGAGAACCCGGGCAGAAAGGCAGCAAAGGAGACAAAGGAGAGUCUGUGAGUCUGGAGCUCAUUAUAGACCAAACUUCACAACCAGCGUAGAUCUGAUGGAGUCUGAAUGAUCAUCUCCACCUCUUUUUUCACUCUCACUCUCUCUCUCUCUCUCUCUCUCUCUCUCUCUCUCUCUCUCUCUCUCUCUCUCUCUCUCUCACAGGGUCCCCCGGGCUCUGCCGGCACUCAGGGGGUUGUCGGUCAGCCAGGACUUCCGGUGAGUCUGCUCUUCUCUUUGAACUCUCAAACUCAAACCCCUUAAACCUCAGAUCUACACGAGGGUGAAGGAGCUCAGAUUUCCUGCUGACUGAUCUUCACGGCCGCAGUUUUUCACACUGGUUUAGAUCUUGAUCCUUAAUCAGGAGGAUAAAAAAAGAACACCUAAUUAGUCUCAGUCCUUUUGGAAAUAAAACAUCUGCAGGUACAUUUCUUCUUUACAAUGGAGUAUCAGGGCCACGUUAAGAAAACAAAAUCAAGACUUUGAGAUUAAAGUCAUUACUAACGAGAAUAAAGUUGCUAUAAAAUAAUUUCUUAUGAGAAUAAAGUCGUAAUAAAAUAAUUUCUUAUGAGAAUAAAGUCGUAGUGAAAUCAACAAUAAAUAAUUAAUAAAAUCUGAGCUCAUGCGUUAAUUCGGGCUGUACAGUCUUCGUAGACUGGUCGACUUAUCUGUCGAUACGUCCUGAGUCAACCUCGAUUUUUUUCUGCGUCAAUUCACAGUAGGAGGAAUGUGCCAAGUGUAAAAGGGGGUGUUUUUAGAGCACCCCUGUUUUAUUAGGUAACAGUCUGUCUCAGAACACCCCUCUUGUUUUCACCCUUUUGGAUUUGCCCAACCCGAGGGAGAGCGGGUGGAGACAGGACCAUUGAAGAGCGUCCACAUUAAUCAACGUCUGUUGUUUUGCUGAAUAUUUAUAUUUUAGCCUUUUGUGUUUAACGGCCUUCUUGUGUUGGUAUCAGUAUGUUUUCACCCGCCAAGCGGACCCGUCGUCCCCCGCCUCAGAAGGGGUUCGGCGACAGAGUCCACCCCUCCGAUUAGUCAAUUUUUGGUCAAAAAUUUUAGUGUUUUAGUCGACCAAGAAUUGGUUACAGCUCUAGCAUUAUAACUUGUUCUCAUUGUUGGAGCUGCAGUUUCACUUUGAACCUGCAGGGGGAGCCAUCCUACAUGUGCACGAAGCCGACCCUGCAGAACCAGGACUUCAUCCUGAGUACUGAGGGUGUCCCGAUACGAUAUUGAUGUCAGAUCGGAAUAAAAACAAUGAAAAUGAAAUAAAAACUUGUCAUGAACAAUAUCGGAUCAAUAUCGGUAUCUGUAAAUAUUAAAGGCUACAAUAUUGGAAGUCAAAAAAUUGUAUGGGGACACCCGUUAGCCCUUGAGUUUAUUUUGAACAGUUCCACUGACUUCAUCACUUCUCUCUCUCCUUUGUAAACCAGGGCGUAGACGGACUGGUGGGUCCCAGAGGUCAGCAGGGCAUGUACGGCCCGAAAGGAGAUGAGGGACUCCGCGGCUUUAAGGGCUCCAAAGGACCGAUCGGGUUACAGGUCAGAUCUGUGGAGCAGUCAGAGAUCGAGGCUGAAGCUCUUCACUUCUAUCCUGUCUUAUAAUGUUUAUGUUUUCUCCCAGGGUAUGCCGGGUCUACCAGGAGAGAAGGGUGAGAGUGGACACGUGGGACUCAUGGUGAGUUUAUCUCCUCUUCAAAGAUCUGACGUCAGUAAAAAGAUUUACUGAUUUUCAUUUUAACCUCUGUUUUAGGGUCCACCCGGUCAGCAAGGCCCUAACGGUCCUCAGGGUCCAAUUGGAGGACAGGUAGGUCUCACAGAUCCUUAAUUUGUUCAGCACGUCAGUCAGAUUCUCCUCAAACUCUGUGGUCCUGUCGUUCAGGGUCCAAACGGUCGACCUGGGAUGAUCGGACAGCCUGGUGGCGUUGGAGAAAAGGUGAAACAUCAGCGUUCGUGUUUCUCCUCCUCAAACAUUCGGUCUCUUUCUGAAUUUAUGACGUAAGUCUCUGUUUCUCUCAGGGGGAGGAUGGUGAGGCAGGUGACCCCGGUCCAGUCGGUGUCCCAGGAAGGCUGGUGGGUUUUUGUCGGAGCACAUUUCGACUUCAAAGAAACGGAUCAAAGAAUUUUCUUCCUCCAUGUUUUUUUUUUUUAAGCCUCUCUCACACUUCCUCUCUGCCCCACUUUUCCUAAUCUCUCUCUCUCUCUCUCUCUGCUCCUUUUACUUCUUUAGGGAGAGAAAGGAGACCACGGGGAGAAGGGAGAUACAGGCCUCCCAGGGGCAGCUGGUCCUCCAGGAGCCAGGGGCGCCGCAGGAGAGGACGGGGCCAAAGGCAAUGCUGUGAGACACACUUAAACGACCUAAAACCGUUUUAUAAAUCCGGAUCGGUUCAGAGUGUUGAGACCCAGUAAAGCUGUCAGAUUUAAAGCUCAGCUCCUGUCAGUGAGAUUAAUCUGCAGCUUCAGUGUUUAUCUUCUCUCUGGUACCAUAAGGAGGCAUAGAGAGAGUCUGUUAUCAUAACUGCACAAAUAAAGAAAAAGUCCAGUUAUAAAUAGACCCAACUCCUACAAAAACAAUAACUCAGUGUCCUCCAGAUUUCUCCUACUCCUUUUUCUUAAAGUCCCACUCCAGUCAUUUUUUUAAAGUGUUCUCUCAGUGAUCUUUAAGUCGUGAUUAUGAAGUUUUCCUGUGUCAUUUUCAAGGCCUUUUCUUCUGCAGAGCUUCAGUAGCUCAUUAGCAAUUCACCUCCGAGUCGUGGGCGGAGACGGCGCUGCUCUGCUCACUCCUCUUCAUGCUAGCUUAUAGCCUAACGUUGCUGAUGUCGUAGAAGUGUCAGGUAACAUAGGAACUAUUCAGCUCUUGGACACGAAUGUCUUUAGGGACAUGAUGAAAGUUAAUAUCAUAAUUAAUAUCAUAAUUAGCUUUCUUAGGAGAAUUGCAGUCCACUACCGCACACGCUUGUUCCGCGAUGUCCUCUCUACUUCUCAGAGUCUGGUCUGCUCUGGGGGCGGAGCUUGGAUAUGUGACAUAGAAAAUCUCACAAAAUCUUACGCUGGGAUUCCACCGCAUUCCAUCCUCUUCGCUUCUCUCCAGAGCAGCAGGCGGAUCAAAAACGCAAGAAGCAGUGGCUACCAGAUCUGAUCUGCCGCUGCAAGCGGAGGAGAAGCGCUUGUGAAAUUACCGAUAUUAGACUGGACGAGAUCUCACAUGUUUCACCAUGAGACAUUAAAUAAGACCGGUGGUUUAUAUAAACACCCAGAUCCCACAACCCUGACCCCUCCCAUUAUUACGUGAAGAACAGUUCAACGUAUUAACUUUAUUUUAUUUUGAAAAAUUAACCGGAUAUUUUACUCAGUAGCCGCAAACAACUUCUGCUGCCGCCGAUUCGUUGUGGUGCGGCAUCCGGCAAAAAUGAAGGCCUUGCGUAUCUGAUCUGACCGCCAGAGCAGACGGAUUGUGUGGAAUCACGCACAUUGAUUAUAAUGCUUGAGUGGAUCGAGACGUUAGCCUACUGUUUGGGUCUGUCAGAGACUCACAGCGGUUUGACUGCAGAAAUACUUUUUCUCCUGAUAUGUCCUGUAGCGUCAGAAAAACGAACAUGUAAGAAAACAAGACAAACACGAUUUUCAUCAGAGUGGGUCUUUAAGUGUGUAAAACUAAAACGUUUGAUAGACCGAUUUAAAAAGUAAAUUUUGGAUUUUUGCUCUAACUUUUUGGAGGCAUUAGGACGUUGACCUACGAUCAGGACUGAAGGCUGGAGGUUCUGACUCUGCUGUUGUUUGUCUCACGCUGUAAAGACAUGAUGAUUUUGUACAAACUCAGACUUUGACUCUCUCUCUUCAGGGUCCUAUCGGUCUCACCGGUGACCUCGGACAGCAGGGGGAGGCUGGACCCAAUGUGAGUCUGUUUCCUAACCUUAUAAUGUUACUGACUUUUACCGACCAAAAGACCGACCAUCCAAACCUUUUUUUUGUCCCCCUCAGGGUGUAGACGGUCUGGCCGGUACUAAAGGAGACAUUGGAGACCCUGGAAAAUCUGUGAGCGCUCACCUUCUCCUGCUAACACUGAGAGAGUUCAAUUUAAGACCAUGAGAGAUACUGUCAAACACAUUCUGCAGGACUGGGUUCAUAAAAGUUUCAUGUUUAAUACUCAGGGACCUCCAGGAGCACCGGGAGAACCGGGACCAACUGGACCUCCAGGGCGAAGGGUUUGUGUUUUUUCUUUUUUGUCUCUGAAGCUUUUUUCUUUAUUUUUGGACCCUCGUCUCUGUCGGGACGAGGUCUUUCUCUCAGGUUCGUGAGUAUAAAUGUGUUUGUGGUUAAAAUGUGGUUUUUAGGGCCACCUGGGAAAAGCAGGAAAAGAAGGGAAGGCGGGUCUGAAGGGAGUCAAGGUGAGACCGGGAGAAAAACCUUUGGAUUAACAUCAUCUGAACGCCGGUCGACUCUGAGGAUCAUCCUGGUGUCUGUCUUUUCAGGGGGCUCCUGGUUUUGAGGGACCGAUAGGGAAGACAGGACCUGUAGGUGCACAGGGACACCCAGGGAAACCAGGACCUCAAGGUUUAAGAGGGAUCCCCGGUCCUGCAGUGAGUUAAAGAACGAAGAUUUACAAAAACAGAGCGAGCCAAAAAUAGAGGUUUAAUUUUUUUGUUUGUCUUGCAGGGAGAGCAGGGUUUGAAUGGACCACCAGGCCAGACCGGACCCCCAGGUCCCAUGGUAUGAUCACUCAUCAAAUCAGCAACAUAACAGAAAAGAAAUAAACUAAUCCAGAUUAUUAAAAAACCUCUGACUGCUCUCAGGGUCCACCGGGAUUACCAGGACUGAAAGGAGACCACGGGAAGAAAGGGGACAAGGUGAGCGAGUAAGAAACAAAAAUGACAAAUCACCACAAACAUGACCGUGACGUCGUUUUUGAGCCUGUUUGUGGUCUCUUUUCAGGGUCAUGGGGGUCUGAUUGGUCUCAUAGGCCCUCCAGGAGACAUUGGAGAGAAGGGGGACAGAGGACUACCAGGAAACCAGGGUCUUCAGGGUCCCAAAGGAGAUGAGGUGCUGAAAACGCUCCAUUCAGUUUAAAGUCAUAAUAAGAGAGACUUGAGCAUAUUGAUGAAAGUGUUUCCAGUAAAACCACACUGGAAACUGAUUUUAACCAGGAGGUCACUUUAGUCUGAGCUCUCACAUUCACCACUUCAUUUUAAUCUGAAACAGGGUUGGUACAGAGAGGGACUGAACCCUCAAUCUGAAUAACGUCUCAGAUAAAUUCACUGGAAUCAAAAGCGUCCAUCGUCUGAGAGGAGGGGCGUGUUUAACUCAGACGGAAGAAAUUCUGCAAAUGACUUCAAGUCGAGAAAAGCUUUUUCCUGCUCUCCACAAACUCUUUGAAGUCUUUGAGGAAACCACCUGCUGAAAACUGCUGGGGGCCUGAGCAGGAGGUCACGUAGGAGUGAGGGCAGUUUACCAAAAAAACCUGCAAUUUAAGACGUCCAUGUGGAUUUAGUGUCUGACAAACCGACUCUGAGAGGAUGGACUUUUCUUAUUUUUUUAGCUUUUAAAGUUGCAGGACAAACGAAUUAAUCCAUCCUGUGAAGAACCACUUUAGAUAAGUCGUCAAAAAACAGCUGUGCUCAAAUGUAAGGGUUCAUACUGUCGGUGCAUUCAGGAGGGAUGUGCAGGAAACAUCUCUGUCUCUGUCUCUGCCUGAUUACCUGCUGAGCUUGUGUGAAAAUAUUGCUACUGACAGGUACACAGAGAGCCGCGGGCAGAUGGUUCCCUAUUGUAUUGAUAGUGGACGGCUGUUUUACACAAAUAAAAACAGAAAGAUGGUGGAAAUGGUCAGUAAAUGUCAGUGUUUGUUCUCACUGUCAGAGCACAUGUGCUGACUCUCUCUGCUGAUCUCUUACACACAUUAUUCCAACUUUAUUAAUCCAAAGCAUUUCUGUGUCUUUAUUUUUAUGUCCAUAUCAGGGUCAAGUUGGUCCAGCAGGUCCUCAUGGCCCCCCUGGCCCCACUGGUCUGUCUGUAAGUAUACAGGAAACCUCUGCAGUGGAUCUGUAAUAAACCGGGACAGGAACCUCAAACACUGAGAAAGACUCGUAAAGGAUGGCAUUUCAGAGAACCUGAGGGUUCAUCAUCUGUAGUUCAUAAAGUCUCUGAAGAUCAAAUCUGGAGAAAUCUCUGUGAUCUUCAAGCCCUGAGGCAGCACAGCAUUAAGAGUGGAAGUCACCGCAUAAUAAAACACAAUGACAGAAACCUAUAUUUACUUUUUAUUUCACCUUUAUAAAACACGGUGAGAUCAGGAUCUCUUUAACAAGGUUAAAAGGUCAAAGAUUAAAAACACAGUUUAAGAGAUGAAGUAUUUUUUUAAUAAGAAGUGUGAGAGCAAAAAUAUACAAGCCAAAUAUCAAUAUUAUUGUCACUAAACUGCAUUAUUCUGUACAUCCUAAGAGAGUUUAGAGACUCGUCAGUGUUUUAGAUCUGAUUUUUAGAUCUCCCAUUUUCCCAGGACUCUCCCGUAUUUCAGACUUAUCUCUCUCCCGCCCACCUCCUGUAUUGUCAUUUCUCCCAGAAUCUCCCGUAGUUUGAUGGUCCACCUUCAUUUAUGAAUCAGAUCACUAGAUUUGUUUCUGCUGAGCCUCACAGACACUGGAUUAAAACUUUGACUUUACAGUUUGGGACGAUUCAGGUCGAUUUAAGCUGUAAACUAUAUUUAAACAGUGUUUGUCGCAAAAUUGAAUGAAAGGGAAACAAACGUGAGAUAUAAUAUUUACAUUGAUCAUCUUUCACUGUCUCGGAGUGAUGCGUUCAGGGCAGCCUCGGAUAAAAGAGCGCUGUAUUUCACACACAGAUGUUCAGAGAGUCUCAUACGGGAGAGAGCAUGUCAAACAUAUGAGGACUUUAACACUAAUAUUAGUGGACUAAAUAAGUUCAAGGCUUAUCAUAGCUAUUAUAUUUUUAUUUCUAUAUGUUAUUAAAACAAAAAAGUGUGCAGCUUCACUUAGACUUAUUUGGAUGAUCAAUUUAAUUACAAAUACUUUCAUAAUGAGCUCAUAUCCACCAAACAAGGUAACGCCGAAACUGCCCAGCACAAAAAUCUCCCGGAUUUCAUAACCCAAAUGUUGGCAGGUCUGAUUUAUGGUUGUAUAAUACGUGUCGUUGCUGUUACCGCGCAGAUCACCGUGACUCUGAGUCUUUCCUCUCUUACAGGGCGCCAUCGGUCCAAAGGGGUCUAAAGGAAACCAGGUCAGUGUGAAGCCUGUUGUUGUUUUGGUUAAUUCUGUAUAAUAAAGGGGUCUUUUUACUUUCCCUUCACACAAUCAUGAUUGGUGUGUUUUGUUUCUAUGAAGGGUCCAAUUGGCCCAAGAGGAGACGUUGGACCUGCAGGACCUCCAGGACCACCAGUGAGUUCUGUUAAUGCCCCCCUCCCAACAGCCUCUUGAAAAACUGCCCACCAGCUAACCUGUUUCUUCUUCUCCUCUGAUUUCAGGGUUCGCCAGCAGCCGGCAUGUCCCCGCUGCCGGAGCGAGGACGAAGGAGGAGAACCCAACCCUUGGUGGAUGGUGCUGUACUUGAAGAGGAGGAGCAGGCGGAGGAGGCUGUGGAUGGAGGAGAGGAGGAGUGGAUGCAGGGAGACCAGGCGGAACAGGGCGAGUGGAUGAAGGAGAAGGAGGGCAAAGGGAUGGAGGAAGUGUUUGCAUCUCUGUCCUCCAUGAAAGUGGAGGUGGAAGGUCUUCGUAAUCCACAUGGGACGUUCCACAGCCCCGCCCGCACCUGCAAGGAGCUGUGGCUCCUCCAGCCUGGACUCCCCAAUGGUACCUAAAUUCUGCCGUCUGCUGCUUCUGUUUGCUCAUUUUCAGAGAUUCGUUUCUGUGUCUGUGUUUCUGCUGUUGUUAGCCUCGUGUAUAUUUAGCCUCCUCUGCCCUCAUUCUCUGUCUUUCCCACCAGGUGAAUACUGGAUAGAUCCUAACCAGGGUUGCCAUAGAGACUCUUUCAAGGUGUUUUGUAACUUCACCGCUCAGGGAGAGACGUGUUUGUACCCUGACAAGAAAUUCCAGUCGGUUAGUUUUCAUGCAGAAAAUAAAAUCGCACCUUCCCACCUCAGUUUGCAGAGUUUGAUCACGUGGUCAGGAGAACUGUGGGCUGAUUUAAUUUUAUUUUUUUAUGUUUGUUUUCCAUCAGGUGAAGUUGGCGGGCUGGAAAGGUGAAAACCCGGGCUCCUGGUAUGGCUCAUUCAGGAAAGGAAAACAGGUAUUAUAAUGAAGUGUGUGUUGAACAGAGAAUCUCUGCCCUUCAACAGCGACUGACUCAUCUUUCUGUCAGGAUUCCUUCGUUUUUUUUGUUUAAAGCAGUUUGGAGCUAAAGGUCAAAGUGUUUCUGACACUUAGUUUAAAGGGAUAUUCCGGCGUAAAAUUAAUUUAGGGUCAAACACACCGUAACACCGAGUUAGACCCCCCCUCCAGAGAUGAAUGUUGUCGACCGCUUGCUUCUCUAGUUAUACCAACUUUAGUAACGACCGCAGGAUAGCAAUACAGAGAGCCAUGUACUCAACCAAAACGCCACUCUAUAGCCACAAAUAAUGCUCAGAACAGCACCUAACUUCAUCAACAGGACAUAUAGGGUCACAGUCACCAAACAUUUUUUUAACUUCGACUAAUUUCUUUAGCAAAGAGACUAAACACAACUCACCUACUCUCUUCCAGCAGCCGCUUGUUUGUACAGAGACCUCCGAACGAGUCUAUCGACAACAGCGGGGUGCUGCAGCUCAAGGAAGAACAUUUAUGAUCAUUUCUUCAUGGAAAUACAAUCAGACCGAGACGCUAAGACAGAAGAACUACCACGUCUGCAGUGAAAAUGAUUAAUAUGGUGAUUAUUGCUUCAAGGAAAUGAUGAAGAAAUGAUCAUAAAUGUUCUUCCUUGAGCUGCAGCACCCCGCUGUAGUUGAUGGACUCGUCCAGGUCUCCGUACAAACAAACCGCUGCUGGAAGAGAGUGGGUGAGUAAACAUGAGCCGUGAAUUUUCCUCCUGAACAUGUUUGAGGAUCAUUCCUGAAGAUGUUGGUUAUUAUCAGAGAGUAUUUAGCUCGUAUUUGGCAGCGCAGACUAUCUUUAUUGUAUCAGCGUCUGAUUUCUGUUUUUGCUUUUCCAGUUUUCCUACUCAGGGUCUGACAGCGUUCCAGUCCACGUGGUGCAGUUGACCUUCUUGCAGCUUCUGAGUGCCACAGCCAAACAGACCUUCACUUACCAUUGCCUGAACUCAGCCGCGUGGCUAAACACUGCCACCUAUGGCCAUGAACAUGCACUGCGCUUCCGAGCCAGCAGCGGAGAGGAGCUGACGCACGAGAACACGCAUUACAUUAGUGCGCUGUACGACGGGUGUCAGGUACGUAACAUGGAUACCCGUUAAACUUGUUUUUCUGAUCGUACGCUCGUCUCCUGAUUGAUUGAUUGAUCGAUUGUGUUUGUGAUUGUUUUUUUUUGCAGACACGCUCAGGACAAGAGAGGACAGUGUUGGAAUUUGACGCUCCGCUGUCCAAUACCCUCCCCAUCAUCGACGUUUUUGUGCCUGAUUUUGGGAAGGGGAACCAGAAAUUUGGUUUCCAAGUCGGCCCGGUCUGCUACAACGGUUAACAGAGUGGGGGACUGGGGGGCUUAUCACAGGAAUUAUUUAAUAGGACAAAAAGAGCCAUGGACACUUUUUACAUGCAGGGAGAAAACUACAAACAAGACUUACCUGGCGCUAAAUAUUUAUGAGUUAAUUUACCUACAACAGUAUUCUUCCAUCAGACCAUUAAUCCUUUCACACAGACGCUCUCGUUGACUUCUCCAACACUCUCACCGACCGUCAGCUGUCUCAUUUGUUUCCUUUUUGUCACUUCUCUUUGAAGGAGUGAGUGGUGCUCCAACAGCUCUGAUUAUGUCUUUCAUACCUUCAUGGACUGAUGCACUCAAAUCUGCUCUUUUCACACACACCCACAAACAUCCAAUAUCAGAGACACGUCUUCAAAAAUGAGGAGGAACACAUUUCAGGCACAUUCACUCACCAUGUACUUCUGUGUUAUUAUCAAACCUCAUCUUGUUGUGUUUAUUUUUGUUUGUUGUUGUCAUUUUGUUGUUGUUAUUAACUGUAAUGUGAUGUAUAUUGGAGUGUAAUUCACCACGGUGCUAUUAUGUAGCUCCUUACAGGAGUGCAUUUCUUUGUAAAAGGGAUCUGGGGCAGUGCAUUUUUUUAUAUUGUGAAUCUGUUUUAUAUAUUUUUUUUAAACACUCAAACCAAAUGUGGUACAUGAUUGCCUCAAUGUCUUUCUAGUUUGUGGGGACGUGACUGAGUAACAUAUUUUAAUAAAAGUACAUAAUGUACAUUUAAGUUAACACUGAUGAGACGUAGGUUUCUUGUGUGUUUGUUACAAAGACAACAAAGAAAAGGUGUAAGGAGAGGAAAGACAGCUGCUUUCCAACCAGGUGAGUCUCUUCAUUACGCUUUCUCACGUCUGUUGUGUAGAGCUGUUGUUCAUUACGUUUUACAAAGCAAUUUUCUCGGUAUCACGGCGGGGUCCGUGAUGACUAAACACCUCAUUAUGUUUGACUGUUAAAAGCAAAUUUCAGGAAUAGUUCAUUUCAUUGCGCCUGAGAAUAUCUCAGCAAAUAUUAGAAGGCAUUUCGAAAUAUCUCAAACAGACACAAGGCUACAAGUCAGGAAAUUACUGCAUGAUAACUCACUCAACAAAAAUGUUUGCCACGUUAAACCCACAUCUCAGCAUCCUUACUGGAAAGAGAACUUCAUAACCAGGAUUGUUGUGGUUUUGUUUUAAGUCUCCACUGUUCAUAUCAACAUUUUAAGAUGCUUAUAGGGUGACUUCAGGUAACAAAGGUCUUUUAAAGCAAUGAUUAUGAGAGGAAAAUCUAAAAGAGUGGCCUUAUGAUGCACCAGCGAAUAUCCAGUAAAGCUCAUGUUUCAUUAGGAGUCAGGGCAAAUACGUUCAAAUCUCCAUGACUGAUCAUUAAAUGUGUGAAUAAUUUCUUGAAUCAACUGCAUCUGGGGAGAUAAAAUUGAUUUAAUGUCGUCACGAUGGGUGGAAAGAGCUCAACCACUGCAUACUGAAGAGACAAUUACUUUUGUAGAGGAAGAAAAAUACACUUUUCUGAACUAUUCUUAAAAUACUCCAAAUUACUUGUGAAAAGGAGGACAAGUUUUUAUCUUUGUGUGCUCUAAGUGAACCUCAUCUCUUCUUUACUCUUUCACUGCUUUUGUUUUUAGCCUGUUCUUGUCCUGCUUUGUCUCUGCUGUCAUCUGCAGAGCAUCCAGCAGAGAUAUUUUUCAUUUUGAUGAUUAAACUUUAAUGAGGUGAAGAGGAUUCACACAGCUCAUGCAGGGAUGUUUAACCUCCACCAUCCUGCUGUAAAAUAUGUAUAUAACAUGUGACCUGACAUGAAAGUCCGCCACAUCAGAGUUAGCCGACUUCAAGCAGCUUCAUGUAAGGCGUGUUGGGGAGGCACAGGUCGAAAACACUGGUUAAUAUUUUACUACUUUCAGCCUCAGUAGCUUAUAGAAGAUGUUAGUAUCUACAGAGAUCGUGUUCUAGGUAGAGGGGAUGGUGGAUUUUAUUGUUGGGGACUGAAAUCGCUACAGCAUCACCAGCGCUGCUCACUGAUGUCAUUUUUUUUUAGAAAAAGGGGAAAAAAGUGUCAUUUUCACAUGUGCCGCCUCACCCAGAGUAUUUUACUAAAUAUGUACAAAGCCUCCUGUCACGGGGUUUUGCUCAAACAAUCACAAUAGAGUGGAAAAGCACAGGCGUAGCGGAAAACACAGUGAUGGUGAUAGUAUUUCUUUACAGUCGGUCUCCCAAGGUGCAAUGCAAAAAUAUUUACAAAAGUGUAAAAAAAUUGUCAAAUAAUAUUUACAAAAUGUAAAAGGCAAAAAAGAAAAUGCCAACAAGGCAGGAGUUCCACUAUGACUCAAGAGAAAAAACAGAAACACAGCAGCACAACAAAAGUCAGUUUGGCACUUACCUUCCAUACAACAAACUCCAGAGUCAGAGAAAUGCUCAGGCAGCCUUCUUUUAAACCCCUUUAGCCCCUCCCAGUGGGCGUUAUCAAUUACAUACCUUUAGAAAAAACAUAUUUAUUCACAUUUAAACCAUUUUUAACUUUCAGUCCUUUUUCUGUAAGUUUUUGCCAUUUUAACAAAGUUUUUAUAGAAAUCAAUGAAGCAUUUUUUUCGGGAUUCACGGCCAACAACAAGGGAAUCAAUUUUUCAUGCAUCAUGUGACCACUUUGACCCGCCAUACCCACCUAUUUCACACCCGGAAAUCACAUGAUCCGGCAUGAUGGCGCGAAUGGACGCAUCUUCGGCAGGUAAGUGAAGGGAUGAAUAUCAAUGUGAAUGUUUGUUAAAGUUAACUGAUAGAGCUCCAAAUGUGCACCUUUGGUUCCCCUAUCUAACAGAGAAGGAAAAGUAGCUGUUUAGUGGGUGAUUAGAGACGCUCGAAGGGAGGGAAAUGUUUGGUGCGUGGCUCCGUGCGCCGCCCGCCGUCAGUGAGGACGCAGAUCCGUCACAUCCGCUAACCGUGAAAAUGGCGGUAAUAUUUCUAAUGUUGAAGUAGUAGUAAUAUUUCCACAUUCACUGACAAAAAUGGCUGACCAUUCGGAAAGUUGGGAUGACCGUUUUGGAAAGGGGAUGAUUUUGAUCCUUUUCAUUUCAGGGAGGAUCCUGUCUAUACCAUAUAAUCUGUUGUAGGAUCAGUCUAAUAGCUGGGAUUUGGAAGUAAUUAUUAGCAAGGCCGUAACAGUAAGUUAUGGCCUCAAAUAUAGGCUACUAAGAACAUGGUUUUAUUCUAACUUUAUCAUUAUACACCAAGCACUUUUGUCAAAUGUUAAUUUUAACAUGUUCAUGAUGUGAAGUUAACGUAGAAAUCGACCAGUGAGUCGAGCGAAUGCUAUUUCUGCGCAUAGCAGUGAGCUAGCUAGCUUAUUGCUAUGUGCAGAAACAGCAUACUCAGAAAAACAAGAUAAACUAUUAACUAGGAUAUUACAUUUCAUUAGCAAAUAUAAACUAAUAUAUUUAUGAUAUAUCGUAUUAAUUUUGUUAUCUCCUGGCUGCUUGUGGUACAGUCGUCCUAGCAGACUAAAGCUAGCUGUAUUAGCUUUCGUGUGCGUGGCUGUGACGUUUAAAUCACGGAGGAUUGAGCGUAAAGAUGAGGCUCGAUAUUAGCGAAGUGUGUGGGGAGAUUUAAUACUUUAAUUUCAGUAAAUAUUCAUCAUAAUUUAACAUUUAAAUUUAUCCCAAACAAACUUAAAACUUAGUCAGCUCAUUAGUCGGAUGAGCUGUUUUUGUUAUUAUUCCUUAAGGUGUGUUAGUAAGUUAUGCAGUCAAGUUAUCAUUUCCAGUUCAAGUCUGUCAUUUAGUAUUUUCUCUUUUAUUAUAACAUAGUUUGAUCUGAAAGACUUUGUUCAUGAGGCUGAAAAAGUUGAUAAUUAUACAGUUAAUCAUUUUAUUUAGAAACUGUUGUACAUUUAUAAAUAUUCAAAGGCUGAUUGGUUAAAUUGUCUUAUAGUGAACUCCCACAUUGAGUUUCUACUUUUUUUGAAUAUAGACUCACUGUGUCACUUGUAAUCUGUCACUCACAUAGACACCCACACACUCGGUGAUCUACUUCUAUCUCCAGCUUGUGUUGACGUAGCAGAUACUCAUCCCUUCAACUCCUCCUUCACUACACCUCCUUUUUCACCUUCUCCAAGACAGCUGUCCUCCUCGGUUUGUCUGAGUGCGUCUCCUCACGAUGCUGCUAAGACUAGUUUGUGUUUCUUCUCCACAGCCAGAGGGGAUUUGCUCACUCCGGCCUGCCUCUUCAGUAGUCCUUUACCCUGAGGCGAACUAAGAGAGGUGUUCGGUGUCCGUCCAGGUGGUUCCUGAAUUUGGUCACUCUUCUGGAUCUUCCGAGGGGUCAGCGCCCAUGUUUUUUUAAACAUGUUUGGAGCCAAACCUGGGUCAAGACUACACAGGCCAGCAGGACUGAAGAGGAUGGUGAUGGGUCCACCUGAGGUCCUUUGGGUGCUGCAGCUGCUCUUCACGGUCUGCUUAUGUAAGGUAUAGAAAAAACCCUGCACCUUCUUCUAACUUCUAAUCUUUCUAUGUGGACAUGAAGUGUGUCAGACCAGCCAGAGUAACUGCAGCUCAAACUUUACAUUAAUUAUCAGCCAAUUGAAUUGAUAGAGACUUAUUUAUGAAUCUGUGCUACAGGGAGAAAAAGUUCUCACUUACUUGACAUGGUGAAAAUAAGUUUUAUAGAAUAACCAAUAACACUUUUGGAGAAAAAAAAAGUCUAGAAUUUUUUUUGGCUCCAUUUCAAAUCCCAUACCCAGAGCCUGAAUUUGUUUCCAUGGAAAGUUAUUUAUAGCUCUCUAAAACAGGCUUUGUUGAAUAUUUCCAGCAAGAAAUGAGAGGCUUCAAGGAUCAACAACAUAAAAAGGACUAGAUAAAUAUAGUAUAAGCUGCCAGAAGACUAGAGGGUAGCAUCUCGAGAUUUUUUCUCCCAGAUCAAGUCAAACGGAUUUCUCUUAUUUUCUUAUUUUUCUACUCUCGUGAUUAAGACACAGUGCUGCUGCUGCUGCUGCUGCUGCUGCUGCUGUCGAUCUUUUAUUGUAGGUUUCUAUUUUACCUUAUUUUGGCUCAUUUUGGAGGACUGAUUACUUUGGGUGUUGCUUUGUUUAUAUUCUGGAUUUCUCUACUUUUGCUUUGCCUCCAGUCAAAUUCAUUGACCCUAACUUCCCCGUAGGUGUUUGAUAUCACUCAGAUGUCAUGUUGGCUUCAGUGUUGCCCCUCCGUCUCCCGUUGAGUGUGUUACCCCUAAGUGCUGCUGAUUGAAAUAUUCAUGUUAGUUCAGCGUAUUUGCUGAAGGGCGUUUUAUGUAUAAUCCAUGCAUAUCCUGGGGGUUCCCUUUUGAGACGAGGACGCUUGAGCAUGUAACCGCUGAUGAGAACAAAGCCACCAUAAAACAUUUAACGUUUGUUCGUUAAAUUGUCGGCAUGUAACCGCUCCAGGCGCGAACCACCGAGCUGUUCUUUUGUAGUCGUGCUGUACCAUGAGGAGUGCUCUCUUUCAUCAGCUUCACAUGUAUGUAUGACAAAUAUAGAAGUGUAUAUUUGUCAUUGUUGCAGCAGCAUGAAACGGGACAACUUCAAUUAUUUUGACCAUCACUGAAAAUCGUGCUCCUCAACUUGUUCGCUCCAUGAAUGUACUACAGACACGAGAAAUUGCUUCUGUUUGGUGUCUGGUUUUUGUCAUUUUUAUUGUGUUGGAAAUUUUCUCCACAAAAGGAAGACCAGUAAACAGAACAUGAAAAACAAAAAUAGAGUUACAGAAACGGACAAAAAAGAACAUUUCUGUGGCUAAAAGGAAUGAAUUAGAAGUAGCGAUGACAAAAAACUAAAAUGUAUUCCCUUACAAAGUAAAAUGGACCCAGUGAAGAGCCCGCUCAAUUUAGUUUACAUGUGAGGUCUGUAUGAAAGAGGAUUAGGGCAACAAGAAAAUAAAAUAAAAAAAUUUUUGUUUUAUUUUUUUUAUUUUUUAAAUAAGUUUUUUUAAAUUUUCAUUUCAAGAUUUAAGUUGAAAUUUAAAAGUCAAAAUUUCAACUUUAUUCAUGUAGACCUUCAUCUCAAAUUUUAAAUCUUAAAAUUUCGACAUUAUUUACGACAUUUCGUUAUCUUGAAAUUUCGAUUUAAAUGUCGAAAUUUCGACUUUAUUGACAUAAUUUUGAUUUUUCCAUUCUGGAUACUUGACUUUGAUCUCUAAAUUUCAACUUUCACCUCCUUCCUGUAAUUAUGUCUUUCUCUUCAUGUGGCCCCUACAGCUGAAAUCAACUCGCCGUGUAUCUUCAGCAGAGCUGCUCUCGAUACGAUGCUGAUGCGCGUCCUGUACGCUUUGCUGCAUUGACAAGAACGGCGACCUAUUUGCUGCGUGAUAUGUGACACUGCUGCCACGCUCCAAAUACGCAUCCUGCAUGUUUUAGCCUUUAUCCUCUUUCGUAGGUCUGUCCUUCCUGCCUUUGCACGAGGAGAUGUGGAGAGUACUUCUCCCCCUGUUGCUCCUCGCCAUGCCUUUAACUCAAACACAUUGAAUUAAGUGUUUUUUUAAGUCUUAUUAUAUCAGACGCUGGUAACAACAGUCGUGUGAUUAUACAUGAAGGAAUGGAGAAAGAGUUGACCAUAUCUGGGGCAUAUAAUUGAUGUAGUGUUUCAUUAUUCUACCAUUAAUUAGUUAACCAUCACAGCCUUGUUACAUCAGCAAAUAUGCUUUUUUACAUAAAUAUGAAUUAAGAUUUUCUUUCAUCAUUUAUUCAUGAAACUGCAGCUGCAACCAAGCGUAAUAAUUACACGCAGCUUCUCGAUUAUCAUGGCAGCUACACGAGGUACAUAAUUUAUGAAAGUUUUUAUUAAACAUCAUUAAGGGGGAUAAUUACUCACAAUUUUAGUGUUUCUGAUCCUCUUCUGAAGA